AGUGGGCGGGGACUCGGGGGCGUUUGUGCGCGCUGCUCGCCCUCCCCCUCAGAUGCAUCAAGAUGGCGGCGGACAGAUUCUCCCGGUUUAACGAGGACCGGGACUUUCAGGUUAGCGCGGGUCAGGGGGCGGGUUUGAGCAGUUAGGGGGGUCACCUGACUGCCAAUAACAAUAUAUUAUAAACCCAGCUGGUCAAAGUGAGGGUAAAAUGACCGGUUUGGGGGAUAUCUGGGUCACUGGGCUGGAUUAAUAUUAAUAAUUAAUGGUCUAUAUUGGGGAUUAGUCACCUGACUGCCAAUAACAAUAUAUUAUAAACCCAGCUGGCCAAAGUGAGGGUAAAAUGACAGGUUUGGGGGAUAUCUGGGUCACUGGGCUGGAUUAAUAUUAAUAAUUAAUGGUCUAUAUUGGGGGAUUAGUCACCUGACUGCCAAUAACAAUAUAUUAUAAACCCAGCUGGCCAAAGUGAGGGUAAAAUGACCAGUUUGGGGGAUAUCUGGGUCACUGGGCUGGAUUAAUAUUAAUAAUUAAUGGUCUAUAUUGGGGAUUAGUCACCUGACUGCCAAUAACAAUAUAUUAUAAACCCAGCUGGUCAAAGUGAGGGUAAAAUGACAGGUUUGGGGGAUAUCUGGGUCACUGGGCUGGAUUAAUAUUAAUAAUUAAUGGUCUAUAUUGGGGAUUAGUAACCUGACUGCCAAUAACAAUAUAUUAUAAACCCAGCUGGUCAAAGUGAGGGUAAAAUGACCGGUUUGGGGGAUAUCUGGGUCACUGGGCUGGAUUAAUAUUAAUAAUUAAUGGUCUAUAUUGGGGGAUUAGUCACCUGACUGCCAAUAACAAUAUAUUAUAAACCCAGCUGGUCAAAGUGAGGGUAAAAUGACCGGUUUGGGGGAUAUCUGGGUCACUGGGCUGGAUUAAUAUUAAUAUUUAAUGGUCUAUAUUGGGGAUUAGUCACCUGUCUGCCAAUAACAAUAUAUUAUAAACCCAGCUGGUCAAAGUGAGGGUAAAAUGACCGGUUUGGGGGAUAUCUGGGUCACUGGGCUGGAUUAAUAUUAAUAAUUAAUGGUCUAUAUUGGGGAUUAGUCACCUGUCUGCCAAUAACAAUAUAUUAUAAACCCAGCUGGUCAAAGUGAGGGUAAAAUGACCGGUUUGGGGGAUAUCUGGGUCACUGGGCGGGAUUAAUAUUAAUAAUUAAUGGUCUAUAUUGGGGAUUAGUCACCUGACUGCCAAUAACAAUAUAUUAUAAACCCAGCUGGUCAAAGUGAGGGUAAAAUGACCGGUUUGGGGGAUAUCUGGGUCACUGGACUGGAUUAAUAUUAAUAAUUAAUGGUCUAUAUUGGGGAUUAGUCACCUGUCUGCCAAUAACAAUAUAUUAUAAACCCAGCUGGUCAAAGUGAGGGUAAAAUGACCAGUUUGGGGGAUAUCUGGGUCACUGGGCUGGAUUAAUAUUAAUAAUUAAUGGUCUAUAUUGGGGAUUAGUCACCUGUUUGCCAAUAACAAUAUAUUAUAAACCCAGCUGGUCAAAGUGAGGGUAAAAUGACAGGUUUGGGGGAUAUCUGGGUCACUGGGCUGGAUUAAUAUUAAUAAUUAAUGGUCUAUAUUGGGGAUUAGUCACCUGACUGCCAAUAACAAUAUAUUAUAAACCCAGCUGGUCAAAGUGAGGGUAAAAUGACCGGUUUGGGGGAUAUCUGGGUCACUGGGCUGGAUUAAUAUUAAUAAUUAAUGGUCUAUAUUGGGGAUUAGUCACCUGACUGCCAAUAACAAUAUAUUAUAAACCCAGCUGGUCAAAGUGAGGGUAAAAUGACCGGUUUGGGGGAUAUCUGGGUCACUGGGCUGGAUUAAUAUUAAUAAUUAAUGGUCUAUAUUUGGGGUUAGUCACCUGUCUGCCAAUAACAAUAUAUUAUAAACCCAGCUGGUCAAAGUGAGGGUAAAAUGACCGGUUUGGGGGAUAUCUGGGUCACUGGGCGGGAUUAAUAUUAAUAAUUAAUGGUCUAAAUUGGGGAUUAGUCACCUGACUGCCAAUAACAAUAUAUUAUAAACCCAGCUGGUCAAAGUGAGGGUAAAAUGACCGGUUUGGGGGAUAUCUGGGUCACUGGACUGGAUUAAUAUUAAUAAUUAAUGGUCUAUAUUGGGGAUUAGUCACCUGUCUGCCAAUAACAAUAUAUUAUAAACCCAGCUGGUCAAAGUGAGGGUAAAAUGACCGGUUUGGGGGAUAUCUGGGUCACUGGGCUGGAUUAAUAUUAAUAAUUAAUGGUCUAUAUUGGGGAUUAGUCACCUGACUGCCAAUAACAAUAUAUUAUAAACCCAGCUGGUCAAAGUGAGGGUAAAAUGACCGGUUUGGGGGAUAUCUGGGUCACUGGGCUGGAUUAAUAUUAAUAAUUAAUGGUCUAUAUUGGGGAUUAGUCACCUGACUGCCAAUAACAAUAUAUUAUAAACCCAGCUGGUCAAAGUGAGGGUAAAAUGACCGGUUUGGGGGAUAUCUGGGUCACUGGGCUGGAUUAAUAUUAAUAAUUAAUGGUCUAUAUUGGGGAUUAGUCACCUGUCUGCCAAUAACAAUAUAUUAUAAACCCAGCUGGCCAAAGUGAGGGUAAAAUGACAGGUUUGGGGGAUAUCUGGGUCACUGGGCUGGAUUAAUAUUAAUAAUUAAUGGUCUAUAUUGGGGAUUAGUCACCUGACUGCCAAUAACAAUAUAUUAUAAACCCAGCUGGUCAAAGUGAGGGUAAAAUGACCGGUUUGGGGGAUAUCUGGGUCACUGGGCUGGAUUAAUAUUAAUAAUUAAUGGUCUAUAUUGGGGAUUAGUCACCUGACUGCCAAUAACAAUAUAUUAUAAACCCAGCUGGUCAAAGUGAGGGUAAAAUGACCAGUUUGGGGGAUAUCUGGGUCACUGGGCUGGAUUAAUAUUAAUAAUUAAUGGUCUAUAUUGGGGAUUAGUCACCUGACUGCCAAUAACAAUAUAUUAUAAACCCAGCUGGUCAAAGUGAGGGUAAAAUGACCGGUUUGGGGGAUAUCUGGGUCACUGGGCUGGAUUAAUAUUAAUAAUUAAUGGUCUAUAUUGGGGGAUUAGUCACCUGACUGCCAAUAACAAUAUAUUAUAAACCCAGCUGGCCAAAGUGAGGGUAAAAUGACCGGUUUGGGGGAUAUCUGGGUCACUGGGCUGGAUUAAUGUUAAUAAUUAAUGGUCUAUAUUGGGGGAUUAGUCACCUGACUGCCAAUAACAAUAUAUUAUAAACCCAGCUGGUCAAAUUGAGGGUAAAAUGACCGGUUUGGGGGAUAUCUGGGUCACUGGACGAGAUUAAUAUCAGGCAAGGAGUCGGAGCUUCUCCGUGGAGACUGGCGCUGCUAGGGAUGAAAAAGUUAGCCAUUUUUGCACCCGGCAGGUGGGACUAGAGACCUAAACAGCCACCAGUAUACUAUAGCUAUACAAGGAUAAAGUGUUCCUUUAACUAAACCUGUAAAUGCAGUGAAUUUAAUGUGACCGCCAUAAUUGAGGCUAAAAAUUAAUGUGCAGUGUAUUUUCUUAAAAUGCCUGUCACUAGGGAGAUAUUUCAGUACUUUGUCAGGAGUAUAUCUCCGCCCCUGCCAUCUGUCAAUUUGCUUGCUGAAAGUGAGUUUCUGAGGUGGACAUUUCUAUUUUGUGCAAGUUUAUCAUUCAUCAUCACUAAGAUCUACAUGGCUAUAGCGAAUGUAUAACCAUUCACAUGCAGGUGCUGUAAUGUGAACUCGCGGGCAGCCAAAGGCUCUCAAUGCUGCAUGUGUAUUUCAUGUGUGUUCAAUCAAAACUGGGACAUAACCCAAAUCACUGUCCCCUCUGAGGCACAGAACAGUUUCUGCGCUUGUACUUGGAGCAUCUAUUUAUGACUAGGUAUUGCAAGUUUAGCAGGGGGGAGCUUUUAUAACUGGUGAACAGGUAUGAAAGAUGUCAAUCCAUUCAAUGUGUGUGAACAAGUAAAUUCAAUACAUUACAAUUUGGAAAAUCACUUGUUUAUUGUACUUGCUCACUCAUCUUCAUUGCUUCUCCAUGAGAAGCAUUUGAUUGAGCAAUGCACAGCAGUAACUGCUAUAGAAAAACGUGUCUGUCAUAAGCUACAGAAGUAAUUUAUGCUGCUGGUGACUGAUAUCUUUUAAGGUUUUGGAAAAGGUCUUUAGAAAGAUAGUUGUAUAUAUUUUACACUAUAGUCACCUGAACAACUACAGCUUAAUGUAUUUGUUCAGGUUAGAUCUAUAGCUCCCUGCAGGCAAUCUAAUGUAAACACUGUAUUUUAAAAGAAAAUACAGUGUUUACAUUGAUAGGAAUACCUCCAGUGGCCGUCACUCAGGCGGCCACCAGAGGGACUUCCUAUCAUGUAGGGCCCUAAAAAGGCCUUGUACAAGUCAGACGUAUUAAGAUACGUCUGACGUGUGCAGGAGAGAGAAGGCGCUGUGUGCGCGCCUUCUCUCUCCUGCCUGUCAGCAAAUGGAAGCGUCUGAUUGCUCACGCCCGCUUAUUUAGUCAUUUUGACGAAAUAGGGGGCGCGGCUUCACGAGGCUCCCAGCGCUGGAACCAGGUGAGUAAACUACUCUGCCUGGAGAGUCCCUUUAAAGGACCACUAUAGUGCCAGGAAAACAUACUCAUUUUCCUGGCACUAUAGUGCUCUGAGGGUGCCCCCACCCUCAGGGACCCCCUCCUCCCGGGUUCUGGGGGGAGGAAGGGGUUAAACGUACCUCUUUCUCCAGUGCCGGGCGGGGAGCUCGCCUCCUCCUCCCUGCCUCCUCUCCUCCUCUUUGGCUGAAUGCACAUGCGCGGGAGGAGAUGCGCGCGCAUUCACCCAGUCCAUAGGAAAGCUUCCUAUGGACGCUGGCGUCUUCUCACUGUGAUUUUCUCUGAAACUGCUAUGUUUAUAAAAAAAAAAAAAAAAGGGUUAACCCUAAAAGGACCUGGCACCCAGACCACUUCAUUAAGCUGAAGUGGUCUGGGUGCCUAUAGUGGUCCUUUAAGGAACGCUGUAGCAUUAGGAAUACUGAAAUGUGUCCCUAACACUCAAAUAGCCCUGUUCCUUAGAUAUUGGACCCUCCUAUUUGCAAUAAAAACUAAUAAACGUUUUCAUUACUCUUUUUUUUUUCCAGCGCCAAGGCUCCCUUGGCACUGGUCACUUCUCCGCUACCCACAACAUCAUGGAGGCAUGGCCUCCUCCGUGAUGGACCAGUGCUUUUCAUACAAUCGCAUUGGGAACUUGAUGCGCCUGCAUGGCAAGUCCAAACUUCCCUUUUGUCUGUCGCAUCAUGUGAAGGUUUUACUCGGAUCAGAGCAGUGGAAGAACCCCUAGUGGUUGUGAGGAAGACCGCCACUACAAGUGGAUUUACCCUGCAAUUUCUGAUAAGUUGCAUGGUUGAAUGGACAGUCACGGCACUCAGACCACUUUCGAGAUGAAGUAAUCUGGUUGACUUAAAGGGACACUGUAGGCACACAGACCACUUCAGCUCAUUGUCUACAAGACAGCCACUAGAGGGAUUUUCGGGUGCAUAGACAUCUUUUGGUUGUCUAAACGACGCUGGACAUCCUCACGCUAUGCAUGAGGACCUCCAGCGUCACUGGAAUUGAAUAAUGCUUUCCUAUGGGGAAGUCCUAAUGUGAGUGCGGGCAUUACUGCACAUAUUAGGUCGACGGGGGAGGAGCAUGGACGGUGCUGGAUUCAGGUGAGUGACUGAAGGGUUUUUUUUUUUUUUUUAUUCUUUAUUUAGCAUUGACAUGACUUGGCAUGCUCAAAACAUUAAACCAUAUAGAUAAGAACAAUGUGAACAUGUACAUUGGUUUGUUGCCAUUUAACAUCAUAUUCGAAUAACAUAGAUUACAUGUGAUACCACAGGAUGGUAUAUACUCAUGCCUAGUUAUCUGGACGAUGAUUCCUAGUCAAUGUUGAUUUUUUUAUAAUAAACAAAUAACAAAAGUAGAAAAGUAUGCAUAUCUCACAUCUCUGGCUCUAGAUACAUUUUGGGGUGUUUUCUAUACUUUUUGAUUCCCUUACUCCUGCCUCUAUCUAGGGUGAUUUGCUUUCCUAGUUGAAGGGCCCGGAAGCGGUGUCUAUUUAUCUCUAAAGCAGGGUUAUCGGGUUUAGUUUUAUUUAUCAAGUGUUAACAGUUUACCACAGAAGAUAUGGGUAGAGAGUGGAGACAUACAUAAAGAAGAUGAAUAGGAAACGUAAGGAGAGAACAGAAAGGGAAGAAGAUAAAGGGAGCGAGGCCAAGAAGGGGGGGAGGGGGAAGGAGAGGUGCACGGUUCCUCCCUCUCUAAGUUACCAGGGGGCAGUUUUCCCAUGGUUCCCAUAUUCUUUGAAAUGUCUUUUGGGUACCCCUUACCCUGGACUUCUUUAAUUCUGUUGAUUACCCCUCCCAUAGGGGGAACCCUCUGCCUGAGCCAAUCAGCUGCCACUGCUCUCCUUGCUGCUAAUGUGAUUUUGUUCAUGAGCUUUUGCUCAUUUCUGGGGACUGAAGGGGUUUAAACCAUAGACAUAGAAUACCUAGACGCCGCAUUGCAUGCUGAGCGUCGAGGAAUGCAGGCGCCAUCUUGGACCGGUCGCUGCUCUACUGAAGCUAUUGAAGAACCCUUGGAAAGUCCAUCUCACAAAAGGUAAGUGAAGGACUUGGAGCAUUUAUAGUCCUUAAUACCCCUACCCCUACAGUGUUAAUAACCCUACCCCUAGUCCUUAAUACCCCUACCCCUAGUCCUUAACAGUGUUAAUACCCCUACCCCAUGUCCUUAAUACCCCUAGUCCUUAAUACCCCUACCCCUACAGUGUUAAUAACCCUACCCCUAGUCCUUAAUAACCCUACAGUGUUAAUACCCCUACCCCAGCACACAUAGUCCUUAAUACUCCUACCCCUACACAUAGUGUGCUGGGGUAGGGGUAUUACGGACUAGGGGUAGGGGUAUUAAGGACUAUAAGUGCCCCAAGUCCUUCACUUACCUUUUGUGAGAUGGACUUUCCAAGGGUUCUUCAAUAGCUUCAGUAGAGCAGCGACCGGUCCAAGAUGGCGCCCGUAUUCCUCGACGCUCAGCACUCAAUGCCAUAGACGUGCGGCGUCUAUGUAUUCUAUGUCUAUGGUUUUAACCCCAUCAGCAUCGUGGGAGGGGGCCCUGUAGGAUUCUACAGUGCCAGAAAAUUGGGCUUGUUUCCUUUUAACUAUAUGCAUUAUUUAGCCUAGAAUUUUCCCUUAAUGAUUUAUGCCUCAAUAGCUAAAUAGGAAACAUACUAGACUUAUUUCCAUUUUUUUUUUAAAUCUAAAAUUUGAAUUAUUGAUUAUUUUCACUUGAUCAGAACUGUUGAACAAAAUAUGAGCCAUCCUGUUAGAGCCAUCGUAUUCCGUUGAAUCGGUACAAAAUAAGAUAUCGGGGGGAGGGGGGAGAUUCUUAACGGUUAUGUCCUUGAAUAUUUAGAUGUAAUUGUGUUGGAGAAUUGUUCUGCCAAUUUUGGCCUUUCAUUCAUUCAUUUACAUUUUUCCUGCAAAUAGGCAGUACAGACCUUAGGGUCUUCAGCUGUCUACCGCAGGACAGUCUAUUUUUGGAGGGUUUUUAGUCAGUUCUUUCUUUGGAAGCUGAAUUAAAGGUUUAUAAAAGAUUGUAGAAUUAGAGAGCAUUUUUGCAUUGUACUGGUAAUGUAAUAUAAAAUCCACAUGAAUGUGAAACAUGCUGUUCUAAAGCACAGAACUGUACCAUUCACACACCGGCUGCAUCUCAUGGAGGUGGGGUGAGGUUAGCUCAUGUGAAGUAAUACAAUUAACCAGCAGUGUUAUAUCUGGUAUCUGUGUGAGAUUCUGAAUGGCUGUCUUGUAGAAUAGAUGUGAGAAAUGUUCAUUCCCAGAUGCUCUACAUUCACAGUACAUAUAUGUGAAUGUAUGUUUGCUAUUGAACUAUUUUUUUUUAACGAGGGAAAUUAGCAGCUGGGUAAAGGUAGGUAUUUAUUCUUAGACAUUCAAACUGCAAAAAAAUAGGGACACAUUGAAGGUCACAUUCAUUUAUGUAGACUGCUAUGUCAACAACAGUCAGCAGUGCUUAUUAAUCCAGUCACUACUUAACUCUAUACUAGAUGAAAAAUAUUAACCUCUUUUCAAAGUUAAAGGGUCACUCUAAACACCAAAACCUCUGCAAUGUGCUGUGAUGGUUAUGGUGCCUGUGUUCUCCUGAUGCCAUCUCACAAAAAGUAGUCACACUAUGAUAUAUGAAUAUUUAUAACGCAGUGUGCUUGCUUAUUUGUAUGGCAUAGUGAAAGUGUUGUGAGAAAACAUGUAGAAUGAUUGCAUUCAUUCAGUAAAAUGUCACUUGUGUUGAUGGCUGUAUCAUUGAUCUCUUAUCAUAUGUAUCCACAACUCUACCCAGAGUACUUCUGGAAAUGUCCGCUACAGCACAUUGCAGCCAGGUUAUAUUCAUGUCUCCAUUAUUGGUGCCUCUACAUAUCUUUAAACAUUGAUGUGCUAUUGAUAAAUGGGUAAUCUAAGCACCAUAACAAAGAUAUGCUGUUGCUGUGGUUUUGGUGCUAUUAGGCUGGGGUUACCAUGCGCUGCUUGUGAGUCAGUUUGAUUAAAACUGGGGGCCUUAAGGCACCCAUGACUUGGCACCCUUGCGUGCCUGUUGCUGAUGUGGAAGUUCCAAUUCUGCCUUAACAAUAUUAACUUUCUCCUAAUUUGGCAGUUUCUAAAACCUCUUGCGUAGCCAGUAGUGCAUUCUAUCCAUUCAAUAGCCAUGCUUAUUGUUUAUAUAUUCUAUCAGCUGAGGUUGCCAUAUUCACUAUGUAAAGUGUUGCCCUGUUCUAUGUAGAAUACAUAUGCCCAUUAAUGACAUGAUUUCCUUCCUAAAAUUUGAAAUGUACAUUCCACAGGGCAAUAUGUAUAAAUGAUGUAUGUCCAGGAAAAACAUCAUGGAUAAGGCAAACCCCCUAUAAUUGCUUUGUAAAUCUCUUUAAAAACUCCAAGAACAAGAUUAGCAUUCUGAUACUGCAUAGCUUAAGGUGUUUGUAACACUAUUGGUACUUCUGACUGCUUUAAAUGAUAGUUUAAAGGGACACUAUAGUCACCCAGACCACUUCAGCGCAAUGAAGUGGUCUGGGUGCCAGGUCCCUCAGAUUUUAACCCUUCAGAUGCAAUGUUUACAUUUGGGGUUAAGCCAGCCUCAAGUGGCUGUCUUCUGGACAGCCACUAGAGGCGCAUCUGUGACGCUGGAGGCAUAUUAUGCCUCCAUCACGCAGAGCGUCCAUAGGAAAGCAUUGAGAAAUCCUUUCCUGUGGACACUUUGAAUGCGCGUGUGGCAUUUGGCAUUUGGCUCCUCUGACGGCGGAGGAGGAGAGGUCACCAGCGCCGAGGGAGCCCAGUGCUGGAUUAAAGUAAGUAACUGAAGAAGGGGUUUUAACCCCUUCAGCGCCACGGGAGGGGGACCCUGAGGGUGGGGGCACCCUUAGGGCACUAUAGUGUCAGGAAAACCGCUUUGUUUUCCUGACACUAUAGUGAUCCUUUAAUUUUCAUUUAUAAUAUUGUGUUGGAAAUUAGUGUAAGUUACUUGAUUGAAGCUUUGGUUUAGCUUACUUAAAAAAUGGCAAUCUUUUUUAAUGCAUCAAAUAGAUAGUGUUCAAAAGUACUGACCACAAAAUUACUUUUUAUAGUGUCUUUCAUUCUGGUGUGUAGGGACUGAUCUUAUCCCAUAAUCCCCUGCCAAACACAAAGGUUUAUAUGAUAAGUAGUUAAUCCCUAAAAAGCAAACCCAGUCAUCACAUAUAAUUGCAUCCAUGCUGUAUGCUAUCUGUUUAUACAGAUCCCAAUUUGCUGUAUUUUACUAUCAGGAACGCUUCAGACUGUACAUGGGAGAAGAGAGGGAGCCUUCCCUAUUGUACAUGUGGCAUAUACACACAUCAUGGAAAGUGGGGGAGGGGGGAGGAAUUGAGAUGGACCACUCUUACAGCUCUUUUAGUUAACUGUUAGGUUGUGCUAAAAUUGAAGAAGUGACAGUUACUCUUUAAUAUUGAAGAUUACAAAACAAAUAUGCAAAAAAACACUGAAAGCAAACUCAAGCCAAUGUACAUAGUUUAGUUCCCAGGGGACGCUUCAGACAGCCAGAGGGUGUGUCUUGCUGGUGAUGGCAAAAAUCCGCUUUCACACACCGUAGGACCAAUGUGACAGGUAUCAUUUUGGUACCGUGCUGUGAUUGACAGUUGAUGCUGGGUCGCAGCAAUGCAUUCCAUGACCAGCUGUCAGUGUACUUUUGUUGGCUUUCUUACUAGUGAGGUGCACAGGCUGAAAUAUAACACUUAGAGGCAAUCCCAGUAGGUUCUCGGUGAUAACUCAGCCUGGGUUUCUAUUUACUAAAUGGUUAAAGGGACACUUUAGUCACCAGAACAACUACAGCUUAAUGUAGUUGUUCUGGUGAGUAUAAUAGUUCCCUUCAGGCUUUUUUCAUGCAAACACUAAAUGGUGGGUUAAACAAUAUAGGGUCAAGAAUACAUGUUUGCAUUCCUGACCCUAUAGUGUUCCUUUAAUUAUUAGAAAUGGCUAGGGUUAGGUAGGGUAAGACAUAAUGUUUGCUGGUCAGGAUAGGGAAACUGUGUCACUAUAUCAAAUAGUCUUUCUGUGAAGCAAAGCUGUAUACAUGUGGAGUAUGCACUUGGGAGAUGCAGCCCAGUACAAAUAUAGUACAAGUAGACACACACAGCCUAUGAAAAGGGACACUAUAUAACUUGUGGAAGUGCUUUAGGGGUUAACUGCAUGUCCCCCUGGCCUUAUAUUCUAAAAGUUCAGGUAUCAAGAGAAAUCAGCACUUUUAAAAUUCCUUUUUGUAGUACCCUCUUGGCUGUCAAUCAGUCUGGAGGAUCUCCUACCUCAGUUGCUUUAAAAUAUAAUUUAAAACGGAUGUGAGUGUUUCUUACGAAGAAGGUUUCAGUGCCUUGUUGGCAGAUUACCAUGAACACCAAAUGCACAGAUUCUUGGAGCAGCCUCUGCCACUUAUGAGUUAAUUAAAGGGAUACUAUAAGAGACAGGAAUACAAAGUUGUAUUCCUGGCACUAUAGCUCCCUCUGCCUCUCCCUCCCUAGCCCCACCUCCCACGCUUCCCCCACUCUCCUCUGCCACAGUGACUAGAGGGUUAAAAACCCUGAACCCAGCGCCGAAGUCCCUCGGCUCUGCGUCACGGCUCACCCCCUUCCGUCGUCAUUCGAUAAUGCAAGUCAAGUGCCGCAUGUGCGUUAGGCCUCCCCAUAAAGAAAGUAUUGAAUCAAUGCUUUCCUGUGGUGACAUUGCUGAGGCUGAAUGUCGGAGUGUGAGGAUGUCCAGCGUCAGCGGAACAUAAGUCUGGUAACAUUAUCUGGUACAGCCACUAGAGGCUGUCUUAGUGCUUCAAUGUAAACAUUGCUGUUUCUCUAAAACUAUGUUUUACAUUGCAGCACUAAGUGCAAUAGGGGCACUGUACCAAUACCACUUCAAUGAGCUGAAGUGGUCUGGGUGCCUAUAUUGUCCAUUUAGUGUUAAGGACAAUAAUAAUCUAAUGUGAAAUGGAAGUGGCAGUUUGGUACAAUCAUUUUGCAUUUACUGAGGGCAUAUAAGUGUAGUUAGUGCUAGCCGCAUGGUUACCCUGGUGAUGUCAUCACCAAGGAUAACGUGCUAAUAAGAGAUCCAUUGUACAUUUAUAAGGUACAAAAAGAAGGGCCAUGAGUAGUAAAUAUUUGCAUCAUUUGCAAAAAAACAAACAAACACAUUUUUGUUAGCAUCAUUUACUGAACAUUGACUGUGUUCAGCGUCCUCAUGCUGUGCCUUAAACGUGACGAUGCUGAACAUUAAAGGAACACUAUGCACCCAGAGCACUUUAUCUCAUUGUCCCUGUCCCCUUAGCCCUGAAACGGCAGGGUUAAUGCUGCUUCUAGUGGCUUUCCACCAGAGAACAACUAGAGGUGUUGGAAAUUAUUUUCCAAGGCAUUUUAACUGUGAAUGUCAUAAUACUGUUAGCUUUUACUACAAUGAAAUACAUAUUUAUUUGUUGUGAUGUCCCAUGUACCAGCUUCAUGGUAUUUUGGAAAGAUACAGGGUCAAAUAAAGUACUUGCUCAUUUCAAUUUUUACACAUUGAAAUUGGCUGGAUUGGUUUGCUGAGCCUAUUUUGCCUUUGAGACAGUAUGGCAGCCCAGGAAUUGGAAUUCUCCCCAUCUUGGCAUACCAUUUGCAAAAAUAGAUAACCCAGGUUAUUUAAAAUGGGGCAUACCCAGUCUUUCAUUUUAUUUUUUUUUAUUUUGCAGCCGUUAAGUCAAAAACCCUGGCCAAAGUUAGUGUUCAUAUUUGUAUUUUUUCAUUUGCCACACAGAAAUUGCACUUUCACCAAUGAUAUCCUCAUCAUUAUACUUUUUACUGCUUUAAAAAACUCCUAUUUUUGUUCAGAGACGUCUAACAAGUACACAACAGAUCCCCACAUGUAAAAAUUUUGUGAGGUUUUGGAAAGUUCCAGGUUCAAAUAUAGUGCUUGCCAUUUAAAGUCUUUUGAAGUUCUGCCUGUGUUGUUGUGUUGGCAAGUCUUUUAAAGGGACACUGUUCUGGUGAGUAUAAUUAUUAUAUGCAGUCAUUUUCAUGCUAAAAGGCAGUGUUUAGAUUGCCCGUAGGGACACCUCCAAGUGGCCACUCCUCAGAUGGCCACUGCAGGUGCUUCCUGGCUCAGUGCGGUACAGCAGGCAGCAGUGCCAUUAAGCGUCUCCACACUCUGCAUGGGGGUGCUGAAUUUUCCUCAUAGAGAUGCAUUGAUUCAAUGCAUCUCUAUGAGGAGGUAGUAAUUGGCCAAACGGUGUUUGGUCCCGCCCUCUUGCCGAUUUUUAGCCAAAGCAUUGGAUUGGCUUAAAACCGGCAAUGCUGAUGUCACUAGGGGGUGGGCUCAGCGGCGGCGGACGCACGGAGAGCUGAAAAUGGUGGGCUUUGCACUAUUGGGUCAGGAAUACACGUGUAGCUCCCUAUAGUGCCCCCUUCUGUCACUUAUCUGAUACCGCUCCUCUCCUGUCUACGUCAGGCGGUGGGGCAGUCGUAAUGUGCAUGCACAGCGAUUUGUACUUCCACCGAUUUUACAUAACGCUGAAUGUCCUCAUGCAACCAAAAGCCACCUAAUGACCCAGAAGUCCCUAUAGUGGCUGUCUGGUAGACAGCCACUAAAGGUGGAGUUAAUCCUCAAAUGCAAUGUUUGCAGUUUAUUAAAAACUGCAAUAAUUACCUUUGCAGGGUUAGAGGGACACAGUUGGCACCCAGACCACUUUAGCUAAUUGAAGUAGUCUAGGUGCUGUGACCCUUUUGCACUUAGAGCUGCAAUUUAAAACAUUGCAGUUCCAGAUAAAUGUUUACAUUGCAGCUCUAAGUCUGCCCUCUGUAGCUGUCUGGAAUCCAAACGGACCUUUGUUCUGUUAUCUGAUGCUGGCCAUCUUCCCGGACCCCCAGCGUCAGAUUUUCCCCAUAGGAAAGCAUUGAAUAAUGUUUUCCUAUGGGGAGUUCUAAUGCACGCGGCCAUUGGGUCUCCAUGCCGACUGACCUAGCGCCGAGGGACAUCAGCGCCUGGAUUCAGGUAAGUCCCCGCGAGACACACGCACAUUAACGCCAUAGUGCCAGGAAAAUGGCUUUGUUUUUCUGGCACUACAGGAUUCCUUUAAGGGACCUGAAAUACUGCAUCAAGACUACUUAAAUAGCUGAAGUGUUCUGGGUGCCUAUAAUGGUUUUUUUUAAAUCACCCGACUGAAUUAAAGUAUAUGAGGCUUCAGUUAGAUUUAUACUGUUUCAAACCUACCAGUAACUGGUAUACAAGCUAGUCUGCCUGGCGUUUUAAUAGCUCAAGGUACAAUACAGAGGGUAGAAGUGCUGCCAAACCAAAUAAUGAAUUGAGUAUGCCAUUAUGAACCACUGCCCUGGGGAGUUUAACUUUUGAAAGUGUGUUGUUUUGGUAUUUUUUUUCCUGGCUGCCAAGACAUGCGAUUAUGAAAUGUUUUCUAAAUGGUUACACCCUAAAUAAGAAUCUUGAAAAAUCUUGCAAUCGCCCACCUACAUAUACCACCCUCAUGAAAACUGCAACACAUUAAAAGAGAAUAUUAAUUCCAGAUAUUGAACUACUAAAAUGUCUGUCCUCUUGAAAAGGUUGUUAUAUUUUGCCUGGUUCCUGGAAUGGCUGGCUUCCUGUGUUUUGUUUCUCUUGGCUAGUGGUGCUGCUGUUGAUUCUAUUUGGAGAACAUGCUGUAAGUCCUCAGCUGUUCUCUAUGUGGAUAUCUCACUCUGUUAUAGUUUGAGGCUUCAGUUCUUCUUAAGACUGAUGUCCACAUAUCAUACCAUAGCACUGCUGUCAGCCCUGGCCAAACACUAGCAGCUGUAGGUCAAAAAUGUUUCUAAGAACAGUGCUUUCCACAAUAUUCUAUUUAUCUCUAAAUCAUUUUAUCAAUGACUGACAUAUGUCUCCCCCUCCUCCUCUCCCCCAAAUCACCAUAGUUUUGCUUAAAUCUGUAGUGUUUGUAUUGUUAACCCCUUAAGGACACAGCUUCAGAAGCUUGUCUUACGCUUAAUGACCCAAGCAAUUUUUGCAUUUUCUUGCUGUAUGAGUUCAACUGCAAUUUGCAUCUCUCGUUUAUUGCACCGACACAUAUUAUAUACUGUUUUUUAAAGGACAGAAAGGGCUUUAAUUUGAUGCAAUAUAUAUAUAUAUAUGCUUAUUAUUAAAAAAAAAAUACAGAAAAAUGCAAAAAAAAGAGAAAUGUUGUGUUUUUUGUACAGUUUUUGCAAUAAUAAUGUGUGCCUAAUUAGUGCAGGUUAAAGAAAGUAAUUAUUUAAAAAUAAAUUCAUUUAGUUGUUCUGAUUUACAGAAUAUAUAAUGUGUCUGGAAUUUUAAGGUUUUUUUUUUUUUGGUAGUUACAGGUCACAAAGCACAAGGAGUAAAAUAAACUUUUUAUGUGGAGCGAUUUUAGAAUUUGGUAUGUUUGUCUUGUAAGCUUAAUAGCCAUAAAGGAAAACAAAAUUGCCACACAAAAGUAUAUAUUUAUAUAAAGUAGACAUGACAGGCUAUUGUCCUAAGGUUGUUUUGACACUUUCUACUUAGCCAUUUCAGUACAAUUUUGUUUUUUGGGGGUUUUUGGCACACAAACUUAUAACAAAGAACUUCUCAUGUGUAUUUUGUAAAGUUGGUGUGUGUGCUAUUCCUGUACAAAGUUUUAUUUUAUGUUCAGUUACUUCUGCUGAGUACAACGAUACCACCAUUGUAUGUCUUUGGCACUAUUUCGUGAAGCUACAGUGCCAUAUAGGAGACCUGUCUGUUUCAACAUUUACAGUAGAAUUUUGAGAGGCAGAUUUAAUGGGCCUAUGCUUCAAUUUGGGGUAUUAUAGCAGUUUGACUGUUCAAAAAAUCCCCACAAAGGCCUACCAUUUGUAAAAGUAGACACUCCAGGGUAUCUCAUAUGGUGCAUAUUGUGCCUUAACAUGCCCCCAUUUUUUCACCAAUAUAUGCCAAAGUAUGCGGUAAAACAAUAUGGCCAAUGUAUGACCUAGACACUAUUUUGUGAAGUUACACUGCUGCAAAAGAGACAUGACAAGUUAAGGUUUUUAAGUGUGAAUUUUCAUGGAGGGUUUUGAUGCGUCCGUGUCCCACUUUGGAGCACUUGAGCAGGCUAUAUAUUACAACUACACCAUAAAGGCAUACCAUUUCUUAAAGAACACAUCCCAGGUUAUUUCAAAAGGCAUAUUUUGAACCUUAGCGUGGGAUCAUUUUUCCGCUACCUUGUACCAAGUGUAGUGGUAAUUAGCGUUUUUUUGCCUUUUUGACACACAAAGUGAGUUUGCACAGUAUAUUUUUAUGUGUUCUACGACUGUAUAAUACUUCAUAUGUUGCUCAGCUAUGUCGGCUGAGUACAGCAAUACCCCCGUAUGUACCUUUGCCAGGUAUAUGUGGACAUUGAAUGGGCACAUUUGAGACACAGCCAUUCCAGUUUUUCCCAAAAUUUUGAAUUUUUACGCUGUGUCCAUGUCCCAUUUUAGAGUAUUUUACAAGGCUAUAUAAUCCAAUUACACCAUAAAGGCAUACCAUUUCUUAAAGAAGACAUCCCAGGGUAAUUCAAAAGGCAUAUUUUGAACCUUAGCGUGGGAUCAUUUUUCCGCUAGCUUGUACCAAGUGUAGUGGUAAUGAGCAUUUUUUUUUUACUUUGUAAAUUUUUGUCUUUGUAAAACCCAUUUUUAAACUUUUUUUUUACUUAUUAAAUGUUUUAUACUUUCUUAACUUUUUUACACUUUUAAUUUUUUUCUAAACUUUUCUUUUACUGUUAACCCCUAACAAGCAGUAAGCAGCACUAACAGUAAAUUCCCCCUUUUCCCAUAACUCCCAACCACUCCAAUUAGCAAUAUAUAUAUAAUUUAAAUAAAUUGAACCCCUGAGGGUUAAAAAAUAAAUAAAAGUUAAUCCUCAAGGGUUAAAAUAAAUUAGAUUACAGUAUAAUACUGUGAUCUGUAUUUUGAUCACUGUAGGCAGUGAUCAACUGGCAGGGAAGGGGUUAAUUUUUAUUUAGACUGGGUAAAGGAGGGUGGUAUUUUUUAUUUUAUUUUUACUUAAACGUUACUAAAACUUUUUUUUUUAACCUUUUUUAAAGCUUAUUUUAAAACUUUUUUAACAUUUACCCCUAGUUAGCCUAACACCAAAUUCCUCAAUUCCCCACUAACUUCCACCCCAUCCCAGCUAGCUAAAUAUAUAGUUUUUAAAUAUUUAAAUUAAUAAAAUACAUUUAACCCCUGAGGGUUAAAAAAAUAAUCCUCAAGGGUUAAAAAAAAAAAUCAGAUGACAUUAAAAUGUAUACCCUGCCAAUUGAUCUUUAACUUCUUAUUUUUUUUUUUUACAAAGGGAGAAGAUCAGCAGCACUGAUCCGUCUCCCUGCACUUCACACAGAACCCGGAAGUGCAGGGAGGCGGAAGGUGAGUAUACUGAGCACGUGUGCUUGCUCUGGCAGCCUGUCAGAGCAGGUGCUGGGGCAGCGCGAUCCGGUGCUUGCGGUCUGCCACGAAUACAGAGGCAGACCGGAGCACCGUUAACCCCGCGAUCGCGGAGAUCUGGGGUUAACUUUAGUAAAUGACAAAAAUUUUCCGUCAGCGGUCCUUAAGUGAAGGACAAGGUUGACGGAAAAUUUCCGUCUGCGGUCGGGAAGGGGUUAAAGGAACACUAUAGUUACCUAAACAGCUUUAGUGUAAUGAAGCAGUUUUUGUGUGUAGAUCAUGCCUCUCGGGUUUUACUGUUCAAUUCCCUGCCAUUUGUGAGUUAAAUUGCUUUGUUUCUGUUUAUGCAGCUCUUGCCACACUUCCCCCCACUCUGAUUGAGGCAGCCUGCAUGAAAAAAAACAAAACUGGUUUCACUUUCAAUCCGCUGUAAUUUACCUUAAACAAUUGUAUCUCUUUCUCUGUAAAUGUAACUUUAAUCACAUACAGGAGGCUCUUGCAGGGUCUAGCAAGCUAUUAACAUAGGGGAUUAGAAAAUCUAAAUUAAACAGAACUUGCAAUAAAGAAAGGAUAAACUGUAGAUGACUCUUUACAGGAAGUGUUUAGGGAGGCUGUGCAAGUCACAUGCAGGGAGGUGUGACUAGGGUUCAUAAACAAAGUGAUUUAACUCCUAAAUGGCAGAUAAUUGAGCAGUGAGGCUGCAGGGGAUACACCAAAACUGCUCCAUUAAACUAAAAUUGUUUUGGUGACUAUAGUGUCCCUUUAAGGUAGAUGUGUAAUGUAACCCCAUCUAGGGUUUGUUUUUAACUAAGUAUUUUUAUGUAAACCCGGAUUGUGUUAAUCUAGCCUGUCCCCUGUUCCAAAAUGCUGUAUCCAUAUUUGGUCAUUGGAUUCAUGUAUAAGGUCAUUGAACUGUUUCUUUCACUGCUUCUGUGAUGCUUUUCCAUGGAACCUGCACAUUUGACAUAACAUAGCAAGUGUUUAAAGGGCCUUCUAGUGAUCAUUCCAGGCACUAAAAAUAAAUAUAAAUGUGAUGAGUUGUUUUUUUCUCCCCCCUGGACUAAUUCGACUCCUAGUGUGGUAUUUUUUUAGUAUUAUUUUCUUCUAAAAGAUGAACUGUUUCUUUGUGUGUGUAUGAUUAUUUAAUCAUAUGUACCGGGCUAAAAUAAAAAGAUAAAAAUAAAGAUUCCUUUCAUGUCUAGGAAGGGACAAUAAUUAGGAACUAGAUAAAAUGUAAAAAUUUGCACAUAUACUGAUUGCUCAUUCCCAAAUUCUCACAUCCUAAUUAACCCCACUCAGUCUCUUACAUGCUGUACUAACUAUCCUCUCAGCCUUAUCUAAUUAGCUUCACAUUCUCUUAUACACAAGUAGCUACAAAAGAGCACACAGUGCUUCAUUAGUAACACAUGCAUGUGUUCAUACAUAACUUGCCUCACUCAUUGCUGUAUUCAGUCAUGGAAGACGUGAUGUCAUAUUGUAUUCUCUUGUCACUUCAUGUCUAAAAUGGGGGGAGUGCAAAUGAGACCAUUUGCUGUCUGCCGCCAGAGUGUAGAGAGCUUGAUUCUUUGCCGUCUAUGGGUUUGGUCUUCGGGGAAAUCUUUUGGCCUCUUCUGGAAAGCAGGGAGACUAAAUUCUUGGUGAUGGGUCUCAUUUUUGUGUUGUCAUGGAGACCUGCCACUUUAAAUACGUAGCACCUAGUUUAAGAUGUUAUUGGAUUCCAAUAACCUUUUCUAUAUUUUUAUUUUGACACUUGGCCUUGACAUUUGGCAUUCAGAGGCGUUCUCACCAGUGACCUAUAAAGUGGCAUUACCAGGACAUUUUGUGUCCACAAUUCCCCUCCCCCUGUCUGCUUCUGAAAUUUCUGAUAUGCCUGUUGUUGAUGAAACAAUCUAGUGACAGAGAGUUCAUUGUGAAGCCUGGGGGGAGGCACAGUGAUUGCUCAGAAAAUGGGCAUCUGUUCUUGAAAUCUACAUGUAUCUGUUUUCAGUGGAAUGAGGAAGGACAGAACUAGAUCGGUUUUGCAGGUUCUGCUUAUAGUGCAAAGAUGGAUUUAAUUGGAACACGAGACGUAAUUCUGCUUCCACCCAUCUUGAUGUAAACACAGAUUUAUCGCAUGCCAUAUAACAAUUUUUUUUAAAUUCUUUUAUUUUAUAUAUUAUACAAACCACAUUUAAUGGAUCACUUUUUAUUUUUGUGUUUUUCUAAGGAAUCAUUGUCAUUAUUAACUGCCCCUCCUUUUUUAUCAGUGCUGUUUUUAAUACGGCAUGGCUGGAUAUGCAUCCACAUUUAGGUUUACAAAAAAAAGUCUGUUUUCUUACUGUGGUAUUGUAAUGUAUGAUGCACAGGCGAGUGGUGGAAGGGGGUGAGAAUGGAGAAUGGAGAAUGCUUUAAUAACGAUGGAAGAGCUUUGAGACCCCAUGAUGCAAUUCUGCUUUCAAGCAGAUCCUCAUAACAUCUGGAUCCCAAUGGAAUCUCUGCACUGCAGCAUUAGCAUGCUCUGCCAUAAAUCAUUUUCUCCCUCCCCUGGAAUAGUAUUUAAAGCAAAAAUUUGCCUGUUGUGCCUAUGUUGUAAUUCUAGAGCAGUGUUAAAAGCCUUAGGUGCGACAGUCUUAUGGCUAUAUGCCACAAAAUAAUACAUCACAAAGCUUACAAAGAUAAACUGCGUUUAUGUGAAAAUAAAUAUUUACAUCAUAUUAUGCUACCUUAUUACUAUAACCUGAAAGGGUUUAGAUACAUGAAUUGUAAUUAAUAAACCCCCCGUCAGCCUUUCUUCAGUACUCUUUCCUCUGGCUUUAUAAACUACAUAAGAAAGGUACAUACUAUCUUUUUUUUUUUCCUUCAUGCAGUUUUUUCAAUCGGAAGGUAAGGAUUGGCUGAGAGUGUCAGCUGACACUCUGCCUACUACCGGUGCCCAGUCCGAGGCAACCUCAUUGAAGUUGGGACUGAGGCUGGAGAGAGGGCGGAGUUGAUAUGGGUUUGGACAACUUUGGGAUUAAACCAUUUUGUGAACUGUUUAACCCUUUAAGGUAAGACAGUGCCAGGACUGCAGUGCACCAUAAUAACGUAAUUGAGAUGCAUCAUUAAAGGAAUAGUUAGGAAUGCGAACCUGUAUUCCUAAUGCUGCCUUCUCCCUUAAUGUUAUCAAGGAGGUGUUUCUUACUCGUCAUUGGUCCAAUCCACAAAAGGGGAGCAUUGGGGGACCUGUUGUGCAUACAUAGUGAGCUUCGCCCGCACAUAAAAAAAAACCAUUGAAACUAAUGCUUUCCUGUGUGCUGCAAUGUCACGUAACUGAGUUUUACUUGGCCAUUUGCAACGGAAGCCCCUCUUAUGGAUGUCAGUAUGACAGCUACUAGAGGUGUGUUUGACUCUUCAUGGUACACAUUGUCCUUUAUUCAAAACUGCAUUGUUUUACCCUGAGUGGUUAAACCUGUAGAACCAUUGCACCGAGACCACUUUAUUGAGAUGAGAUUAGUGGUCCUUUAAUACCCCCUUUCCUUGGUUCCCAAUGGAAUUUAUGUAUUGUAUUGUACUUGGUGGCCAGGUGCUUUAAUUCUCUACUGGAAACACAUUACAUUUCUUUGUUUCCGGAAGAAAUACAAAACUGGGCUCUCUGAUCACUUGGGGUUAAAAUGAGCAGUAAGAGUUGUUUUCAGCAUGCUGCUGCACAUACCUGCUCAGUGGAGGGCUUGCUUCUUGGUGGUGGGGGGGGGGGGGGAGGAUGAUAUAGGGUAUAAAGAGGUAUAAGCAAUUGUAUAGGAAGGUGGGAUACCUUUUUGCACCAUAACCUGUGCAGUUGUUAUGGCGUUUAGCAUCCCUUUAAUUGUUUGUGUGUAUAUGUGGUGUUUUUUUUUUUUUUCUCACCUGCUCAAGAAUAUGUUGACAUUUACUCAGAUUGCAAGACUCUAGUAACUAAAAACAAAUUAUAUUUUCUGUUUGUAUCAACACAGUGUAUAUUGAUCACUCCACCCUUGUUCAUGCUGCCCCCACACUUGUUUAAAACAACAACAAUCCUAGGGACUCGAUAAUGCGAAUAGCAAUGGCAUUGCAGCAUCUGACAUAUCCCAGAUGGUUCUGUUUCUGACUUCCCAAACAAAAUCCAGAUUGUAAACCUAGUAAUGUGUUCAGAGCUCGUCAGAGUGUCUUUGGAAAAAUAGGCAUCUUCUCAUUUUAAUUGCUGUGUGGGUGGUUAUGUGAGGGGGGGGGAGGGUAGUAGUAUGCUGGUUUAAGUAAAAAAUAAUUCAAGCUGUUGUGUCCUCUUCAAUGCUAGGCAGAAUUCUACUUUGAUAACUUAAUCUGAAUUAGUACAUAUCUGUGCACAAUAUCCCUGCAUGUUGCAUGGCUACAGAAUAUAUGUGUGAGUGCUAAAUCAGGGCUUGACAAAUACAGGAUACCUAGUCACCAUAGAGAAAUGUCACCUGGUCUCUUGAAUUAAUUUCCCUUGUAACCCAGAGAGAUCUAAAGAUGCUAUAGGGUUAAAAAAACUUUGUGUUUCUUCUAACACUAUAGAAUCCAUUUGGUACUUAAGGGUCCUGCGCUACUUGCCAGAGGAUUAGCUGCAGUUCUCUUAUUUUAGAAAAGUGCCUAUUUUAAGAGAAAUCUGCACUUUUAGAAAAGUCUGUAGUUGCAACCUCCUAUCUGUCAGACAGCCAGGAGAGUUUGUCUUGUCCUCUUGGAAUGCUCAUUCAAAGAGGAAGGCAUUGCUUCUUAUAAAACAGCAUUAUAUUCAAGUCUUCUGUAUGAAAAGCAUUGGAUUGGCUGAGUGGAGUGUCUCUCCAAUGCUUCUUUAUGAGAGGCAUGGAAUUGUUACUUAGAUUGUCAAUUGCAAUGAUCUCUGUGUGAGAGGAAUGUGAGUUUACUCUGGUUUUGUAUUAUGCAAGUCUAAUAUUGGAAAGGAACACUUUUUUUGUUUGUUCCAGAAACCAUCUCUGUGCUGCACAAUCCUGCCCUCCCCUCUAAUUAAAAGAGAAAAAAAAACAAGUUAAAACCUUCCCCUGUACCAGCUCUGAGGGCAAGUUUUCCCUUUAGCUGGAACCUACUCAGCUGACAUCACUCACUGGAGGGGGAGAGAUGUCAAGAAAAGCAGGCUGAGGGGAGAACAUGGGCAGUGGGGGGUGCUGACUUAGGAGAUUCAGUAUGCACAGAAUUCAUGUUAGCCACCAAGAAUUUGUGUUCCGUUAGGCUAAGGACACUGGGAUUAUAUACCAAGAAAUUGGGGUUGCAGAUUUUCCUAUAAAAUAAGAUACAGUAAUAGUGUAAUACGGUUUAUUAAAAUGCAGCAAAAGGAAUCCAAAUGCACUCGUAGGAUAGUGGAAAGAUGUAGCGCUCACUGGUGCCUCCCCACGAUGUUGGGAGGGACUUUAUUGCUUCCACCUCACAAUUCGAAGUGCCUUUCUCACACUUUGUCUCUCCCUUCUCAGGGCAACCAUUUUGACCAGUAUGAAGAUGGACAUCUGGAGAUUGAACAAGCUUCCCUGGACAAGCCAAUUGAAUCGGUAAGAGGAUGCAUUCUGGGGUGGCUUUCAUAUUCCCAUAUUUCCUCCUUUAUCUGGCCCCAGAAGAUUAGAAUUUUGAGGUGUGUAAGACUACCCCAGAGCAAACAAUGCUGGUCAGGGGUAGAGAAUUCUUGAAAAAUCUCUGCUGUACUUCUCAGGCUUCUCGUCAGCCAAGGAUUAGCUUAACACCUGACUUAAUGCAGGGGAUAGUAUAUUAUAAGACCUGUUAUUAAAACAGUUUAGUGAAUAGAUGGCUUUAUUUAGUCAAGCUUUGUGAGUUUCACUUUAUUUUAUUUUUAGUUGGUAAAACCAGUGAAGUGCAUGUUGAUCUUUAGCUGGGGCCUACAACUUCAAUUUUCUACAUGCUACAUAGGACUUUUCAGGCUUUCCAAAGUUCACUCCUCAAACAUUUAUAGGCUAUGGUAUCUUUUUUUACAGAAGAUACACAAAUACACCUGGAAACCUUGCAACCUUGAAUAAUUGUUGCUCCUCAAAAAUAAAUUCCAAAUAAAAAGUCUAUAAUGAAUGACCAUUGAUCCAGGUUUUGCUUAUGCUAUCAUUGUUUUUACGGAAUCAUCUUAAGGUUGAUGUCCCACAUCGCUUUUCAACUUCAGAAAUAUAAAUUCCCAUGCAUUUCAUGGAUUCUACAUUUACACUCCGUUUAGUAGCAUUAGAAUUUCCGUAAUAGUAGAUAUCAGAUUUGAGCAUUGCCUGGAGGUGUCCUAAGGCUCUGUAUUAACCACUAAAGACCAAUAUGAUGCACUCUGCCAAAGAAUAGGUCGGUGUUGUGUUUGUGUGUGUGUGUGUGUGUCCGUGUGUAGAUGGUAUACAGAACUUUACACAACUUUGGCCCUAUCUGGCCUUUCUCUUCCACAGCAGUUGAUCCCAAUAUUAGCUAAGCUGCUCAUGACCUGGUUUGUAUUGCACGCUCUGCUUUUUUUUUAUUAUUUUCUUUUUCUUUUUUUUUUUUUAUAUAUAUAUAUACAUAUAUAUACUUUUUUAAAUUUAUUUUUACUCUUUCUGUUCAUUGAACCCUAUGACUACUGGAGGGCGUAACAAAGUUAUUAUUUUUUUGCUGCUCUCUCCAGUAGGGAUGGUGGUAAUAACCUAGUACUUCUACCUCUUUCCCUGUUCCAUUCCUUUGUUCUGGUCAAGUGAACACCACGUAUAUAUCUGUGUGUAUAUAUUUAGCCUCCCUCUAUGCUAUGUGCUGGCAUGUUGCUAGCGAAGUUUGCACAAGGUAAUGCUGCAGAGGAAAACACCGCUGCUAACCAGUUGCUUCAUGGCAACAUAUUUCCCCCAAGGGUCAGUCAAUGCAUAAAUAUAAGGCAGAAGAAAAGGCCCUUUACAAAUACUGAGGUCUGAUAAAGGUAGUUUUUAAUACAAUGUACAUCUAUAUUGAAAACAACUUUUUUCUUCUUUUUUUACUUUAUCAACAUUGCUUAUGGUGCCUCUGCAGUUAGAGCCUUGUAGUAAGGGAGACAAGACUGCUUAGACUUAUUAAACUCUUUGUAUACUGGUUUGCUGUAGGUAGACACUCGUGUAUCAGAUUGAACUGAGUUACCUGAUGUCCAUAAGCUGUUGAGAUAUAGUGUGUUAAGCUUUUGGGAUCUGUGUUCUUGACAGCGUCUAUUUUUUGUAAUUUUUUUUUUUGGGGGGGGGGAGAGGAAGAGGGAGACGGCCUCUUACAUUAUUCAUGUGCACUAUAGUAAUAUUACAACCCAUUCUGGCAUAGCAUGUAUGACAGACAUUCAUCUAUAAAGCCAUCCAGGUACAACUGUAGUUUCUUCCCAUACUGCAGUGUGCAAAGCUAUGACUAUGUUGAUCACUGCUAUUCCAUCACUUAGUCUGUGUAUUUUGUCUUUUUGAGCAAGCUGGGACUUCUAUACUCUGGCACAUGCUGAAUGCUGCUGCUAUGGGUCUCUUCAGCAGGUAGACUAUGAUCUCUAGGUGAGGGCCCACCUUCAGGGGUGUUAGCUGGCCUCUGCAGCAAUACCUGCGGGGAAGAAUGUGGUUCUGGGCUAUGGCUGUACUGUUCUAGGAGUCUACAGGUUCUGCCAUUAUCUCCAGGUUUUGAAUGCUUUACCAGAGUUGAUUUGAUUUUUGUAUAAAUUCCUCAACUCUCAUACUACCUUUAUUACCCCCAAAAUGAUAUAAGGUGUUGCUGUGGUGGAGUGACACAAAACAUUUAGCAAGUCCCAAACAUCAUGCUACUUCUUAAUAUCUAACAUGGCUAUGUUCGUGAAAUACUCUUAUCAUAACUGACUGCCGUAGUAGAUUUGACAGAUAGCUAGACACAAUCUGGUAAAUGCACUCCCUACACCAGGGUCUUCAGAUAAUCUUUUGUAGUGUGUGACAUUGCAGAGACUUUUAUAUUGCCUACUCGGCAGAGUGGGUGAAGGUCAGCAUUGUUUUUGCUGGCAGAAUCUGUAGACUCUAAGACUAUCUGGUGCCUGCAUGGUCAGUGAUCUAACCCCAUUCCACUGCUAGACACUCUUCUGUAGUGGCCAGCUAGCAGUGACUGGGGUUAGUGGUGCCAGGUUAGGGCGCCAGUCAUUAUAGCCAUUAUCUGUUACUUCCUCUUUGUCCGGCCUUGGUGGUGUUUACUUUUGUAGUGAGCUGCAGGAUUUGAUUCUUGAGGGGCUGGUCUGGGUCUUUCUGCCCCUGCAAUUGUGCAUGAGGAUCCUACAGUGAGCAUUCAGUUUUUUGUUUUUUUUAUGGAGCAAACUCAGCUGAACUUCUUGCCCAAUCAAGAGCCUGUUGUGUGCAGAAAAGAACAUAUAGAAAACAAAGUAGGGUCUUUGGUCAGUGGCAAAGCUGUAUUUUGUCUGAAAUUAUUAAAUUUUGGUCUGAUUAUUCUAUCUUGCAUUCACUCCAAAUUACAUGUACAUAGCUGCCUCUAAACUUGUGUCCUGCACUGCAUUUCUUUCUAGUAAUUCCAUUGCAUGUCCACUGCUGACACCUCAUUUUCUGUGCUUUUUGUUCAACUACUGGAGAACUCUUACCCAUUUACAACCUUCACAGCAUCUUAAACAGAGGCCCUCUUUUUACCCAUGUUCAUUUACAUCAUCGUACACACUCAAAAUUAAAGCGGCAUUAAAUGCAUCAUAAUAAUUACAGCUCAUUGUCUGGUUUUCGGUCAACACAUUUUGGAAUGAUUUCAUAAUAUCCAAGGCUGUCCCGAACACCAAUAGCUUGCCCCUUCUUCUGUGAAAUUACUUUUUCUGUAUGUACAAAUGUGUGCAACAAAGGUAUUUUUCUUUCCAAGCAAGUUUUGUGAAUGGGGAAUUACUGGCUGAGAGCGUUAGCUGACCACUCUGUCAGCGGCUCUACUGCCUGGCAGUAUUCCGCGCUCUUGAAACGGAAAUUUCAGAAGACGGAUGCCAUCUGUAGGGGAGUGGAGAUCGGUGCUGGAGGCAACUUUGGGCUUAAACCGUUCGAUAACCGUUUAAACCCAUAUGGUAAGAGUGUGCCGUGGGCCUCCUGGCACCAUUACUUAAUUUAAUUGACGUUAUGUGCCUGGAAUGUUCCAUUAAAGCUUAAUAUUCUAUAUUACGUUACAUACUCUGCCUGCCAAGGUCGGGCAAAAUAUGUAUAUUGACUAAUCAAAGCAUGGAGCAUCCAUCUGUGCAGCGGUGGUAAGUAAGCGUUUUACAAACUGCUGCUCUGUUAUAACAUUUACGGUACUGCAAUGAAGGAACGAGUAACAUCAGAAAAGUUAAUUUGCUUAUCGUUCGUUCCAUGCAGCAAUGCUCUCUACUGAACCCUCCGCAAACCCAAUUCCUUUCCUUUGGAAAGCAUUGGAAGGCUAGUGCAAAUGAGCUGCACCAACUGAUUGAUAUAGCCAGGUUUCGCUGAGCUAUUUGAAUGAAAAUGCCUCUAGUGGCUGUCAGUGUGACAACUACUAUAGGUAUUUAAAUCCUGCACUGUUAACAUUGGUUUUCGAGCAUUUAAUUUGCAGGGUUAAAACUACAGGGACGUGGCACCCAGAUCACUUCAUCUCCAUUAAAGGACCACUCUAGCUUAAUGAAGUGGUCUGGGUGCCAGGUCCUUCUAGGGUUAACCCUUUGUUUUAUAAACAUAGCAGUUUCAGAGAAACUGCUAUGUUUAUCAAUGGGUUAAGCCUUCCCCCAAAGCCUCUAGCGGCUGUCUCAUUGACAGCCGCUAGAGGCGCUUGCGUGAUUCUCACUGUGAAAAUCACAGUGAGAGCAUGCAAGCGUCCAUAGGAAAGCAUUAUGAAUGCUUUCCUAUGCGACCGGCUGAAUGCGCGCGCAGCUCUUGCCACGCGUGCGCAUUCAGCCGACGGGGAGGAUCGGAGGAGGAGAGCAGGAGGAGAGCUCCCCGCCCAGCGCUGGAAAAAGGUAAGUUUUUACCCCUUUCCUCUCCCCAGAGCCGGACGGCAGGGGGGCCCUGAGGGUGGGGGCACCCUCAGGGCACUAUAGUGCCAGGAAAAAGUUUGUUUUCCUGGCACUAUAGUGGUCCUUUAAGUUGUCUGGGUACCUAUAGAUCCCUUUAAGUUUGGGAAGUUACAUACCUAUAGUAACUUAGCAGAGUGAUCUGUUGCAUGCACACAGUGCAGAUGAACACACACGUCCCCAGUGCAGUCAUUUAGAACUUGGUAAGUAGGUCCAAAGUCGUGGAUUGGUGAAUUGAGCCCAUGUAAGCCAUCCUGCUUCUGAUCUUUUGGAAAGCACACUGCUAAUUUACAGACCUUCGACACAUACAUUACACACAUUUGGGCUUUAUUUACAGCCAGACCCUAACUGAAGCAGCAGCCAGCAUAAAAUGGCAUCACAUAGUGGUUUAUAUCCAAGCUUUGUUUUGGAUGUGUUUGGGGGAAAAAUUCAAGUCGUCAUUGUUGCUAACGUUUUACAGUGCAUUGUUUAUAGAAUAAACCUGUAAUAUAAAACUAUUUUCCCACACUUCCUUUCAUCCAGUGUGGCCCCCAAGUAACUUUUAUCCAAUGUGGCCCCCAGAUUCUAUUCUAUUCCUACAGGGCAGAUUCGAGCCUUAGUAAAUUACUCCAACUGUGUACAUCAUCACUUGCUGUCAUUACUCUCAAAGGACGCAUGCGCAUAUCACACAUUGCUAUAAACAUUGAACUCUAACCAUUAUCUUUCAGUGCCGCAAAGCCUUUACUUUAAUUAUCCGUACUCCUUUUCUUUUUCAUACUUAUCCCAUAACCCCUCUGCUUGGCUCUCACCGUACCACCACAUAUUCUUACUUUUACUGAAAUCGAUACUUCAUAUCUCAGAGGUGAUGAGUGGAUUGGUAAUCUCAUCACUAUAUUCUGUGCUAUUUUAUAUUAAACAAACUGUGUGUGUGUAUGCAGAGGAUGAAAGGUCUUUUUGACAUGUUACAGAGGGAUGGUUGGUGGCUGGAUGACAUUUUUUCCCAGCAAGCAUUGCUCUUGACUGGCUAUGUAAGUGACGCAGAAGUCUGCCCAGUGCAUUCAUCACUCCCUCCUCCCCACCUCAUAGAUUCCCCUCUAUCUUUAUCUUUUAACUUCUUCCAUACCCCUCUACCUGUAAAACAUUUUCCUGUCACCCCCAGUUCCUUGUCAACACCUCUUGUGUGUAUAUAUUUUCAUUUUUAUUUAUUUUUUUCCUGUCUGAGCCUUCCCAUUUCACCACCUCGCUUUCACCUCUAUGUAAAGCCUUAACUUGCAAGCAGUGGCUUGGUGACUAUGCAACAAAAAUACAUUUCGAAAGACAAAACCUGUGUUUCUUACUGUGUUACAUUUAAUUGUUCCUUUUGACAGCCCUGUUUUUAAAGCCAGGUUCGUAUUUCCACUCCACUUGUAUUAUCUUUUGGAAACUAGCAAUGCUUCCCCCAUUUUGUCUGUCUGUUUAUUUUUUUGUUUUUAAUUUAACUUCUCUGGUAGAUCACGCGUAGUGACCUUUCCCCUCCGCCCUCACCGCAGCAGAGUGCCUCCCCUCUUCUGAUUAGUUGGCCUGUUCCUCCUCCUCAAUUUCAAGUUCACCUUGUCAAGGUCAUUUUCUAAGAUCAACACUUGCUUUUCAUAAUCCAUUAGGGUUCAAGUGCUUCUGUGCUAGGCAGUCGUUUAUUGCUUACAGACAGUAGUGUAAACACUAUUACAUUUUCUCCUACUGAUCAGUUGGUUAUAAAAACUAAGCGGUAUGUGAAAAAAAUUUGGGGGUCAUUUUCAAAUGUUAAUGCUUUAAAUAGUGUAUUAGAAUGCACACAAAAAAGAUUAAAAAUAAAUAAAUAAAAUGACAAUAGUAAACUUAAAAGCACUGUUUAGGGGUAUGUGUGUAAUGGCAAGCGUACCCUUCCAAAAACCGUUUCUCAUCUUGGUAUGUGAGGGUUAUCGUAUCAUGUAAACCCUGACCAGUGAUACUUCCUAUUGUAAUGCUAUAGGUACGAGAAUGCAAUCUUUAAGCGCAGUGCGUUUUUGAUGCAGUUAUACGCCAUUGUGUACUGGAAUACAGUGACGGAGGAUGGAGGGGAGCUCUAUGCUCUAUAACUUAUGCAAUCAAGGGAAUAACUCUUUAGUGUAACAAGCGUUACAAAGUUAUUCUCUGCAAGAAAGAAUUGGUAAAGAACAGCAGUUGUCCUUGUCUGACUGACUUGACAUUUGUUUGGGUUAGCCGUGGAUCCUCCCCACGUAACAUUGUGUAAGAAGUUGUUUAACUGACUAAAGUAAUGACUAAAGCAGUGAAACAGUUUUCCCAAGUGAACUUCCUUUGAUGAUUUAAAUGUCCUGGUUAGUAAGUGGCCCUCUUCAGGUUUUUCAUAGCCCCACGAGUAUAUAAUUUUAGAUAUUUCUUGGCCUAUUGACACUUUAACUGAGUGUUUCUGGCAGCCAUUACUAUAAUUUGUUUGUAACCUCUACAUCUCCCUUGCUCUUGUUCAGAGAGAGGUAUUGUAUGAAAUCAGUUCUUUUAGGGGACAAAGUUUUAUUUUAUCUUCAAUUUUCAUGGGGUUGCCUAGGGUAAAUAGUAAAUGUUAAGGAUUUGUCUUAGCAGGUUUAAACAGCCAAGCUAAAACUCUGUCUGUCAUUAGUGGGCACUGAUUUUACACCUCCCCUUUGCUGGUAGUCUGCAAUGCGCUUCUGUGCAUAGGAAUGCAGAACAAGACUCCCUUCUAUGUCCUGCUCCAUUCCACCCUGCAGUAUGAGUCACCCGUACGCCCCCCCCUCCCUGUUUCUCUCCCUCCAUCUCACACUAUUGUUCUCUUCCCAUUCUUGGUGACUUCUAGUGCCUCCCCUACAUAAAAAAAACCAAACAAACGUUUCUCUUGUUAUCUGCAAUCAUUGCGCAGGGGCCUUGAACUAUAAAUGGUGAACUAGGCGACGUGUUUGCUGCAAGUGAGGAAACCAGGUCUCUGCAGUGAAUUGCAACAAAACACUUUAUAUUUCUGUCUAUACAAUCUUCUAUUUAUCCUCAUUGUUUAGACAAAAGCCUUGUUCUAGAAAUGAAUCCCAAAUAUAGUAUCAAGUUGCUUAUCUUUUUGUGAUUGCUCUGUUCCAAUACUUCCCCAUAUGGGAAAGGAGAACAGUGUAAGCUUGCCUCGUUUUACAAACCAAGUUAACUAGAUACUCCAAAUCCUACUCCUUUAUUCCAUUUUAAAGGUUAGUCCAAGGUCGUCUUGACUUCUGUUAUGGAGGUGUAGCAGUUAAACUGAAAUCCAUUGUAGAAGAGAUGAGACACUCUGCUGGGGCCUAUACCCUCUUGCCUCUUUCUAUUUUUGCUUUGUCUCAUGCACUUAAAUAUCUUUGGCUGUUAACCCUGUCCUAGUCCGUCUCACCCUUUGCAUUAGAGGCUAUGCAAUCAUUCAUCACCUCCAAUUCAUAACCCUGAACGCACAGGCGUACCUCUCAGUUUUUUUUUUUGUUUUUUUUUUUUUCCCUCCUCAUGAUUACUCUUACCAAUUAACACUAACAUUGAUGGUUUCUUCCUAAAAAUAACAUUUUGCUGCAUGCUUUAGUUGCGUAUGAGAGAACAACAACAACAAAAAAGGCCGAAAUUAAGAAGGCUAGUUAGAAGCCAAUCAGUACUUUUUUAGGGUCUUGCUUCUGUUUUGGCUUCUGGUUCCCCACAAUUGUGUCAUUUGCAGUUUCUUUGGGAGCUGUAGUGUGCCAUCCCACACAGAACUAAAGAAAAUGGCAUUUGUUGAUGCAAAAUGUUGUAAACAUGACCUUCCCAAAAAACACCUUUAAUUUGCAUUCGGGUAACAAAAAUUUGUGUUCUUAUUUGCAAUGACUGGAAAGGCAACUUGUUUGUUCCUUCUGCAAAGAUGAGUUACAUGCAAUUUAUUUAUAGGUUGUUUUUGGUCAUUGUAUUCUCAAAUAAUCACAAAUCCUCAGCAUGAGUUAUACUGAAGUUGUAUUUCAAAAUUGCUGCUCUUCACCCCAGGGAUUCACAGACACCAGCAUUCUUUGGUUCUCACUGGGAUGGCACCUUGUUUGUGGUCUAGGUGACGGAUAGUUGUUUGCUCUCAGUCCUACUUUCUGUGUUUUCCAGUUUAAUGUUGAACUCCUAACCACGUAUGUCUCCACCACACUCCACGUUUUUAUUAUUUUAUUGCUGCAACAUACUUGCACUCAAUCAGAAUACAAUUUGAGAUCUAAUUCCAUCUCCAUUGUUUUUAAUAUGUAUUUGAGGGAGCACAGUUUGUCACCAUACACUAGCUUCUUAUUAUUUAGCCAGUCCUUGUAAUUAUUAUUAUUAUAAUUUUGCAUGAUUGUCCUCUCUCACAAAUUCAGACACUGGUGAGGAACAAAUGGCAGGAGGGAGGGGGCAAAUUUUAUUACCGGAAUAUUUUCGUGUUUUUUUUUCCCCCCUUCCUUUCCUCCCCUUUCCUAUCAGGAUAACAUCGGACACCGCCUACUACAGAAGCAUGGAUGGAAACUCGGACAGGGCCUGGGAAAAUCUCUACAGGGUAAGUGAGAUGAUAAAUCUGUUAUGUUUAUCUUUUAAGGGUGUCUAUCAUUGACUUGAUGUGCUCUCCCACCCAACCCUAUUUUUUUUCCUUAUUCCUCCUCUCACCUUUUGCUCUAUCCUUUCCUUAUAUCAUAUAUAUAAAACAGAUUUUUAAAGCCUUGUUUUUCUUUUAUUGGCUUGUACAUCAGUAAUGUGUAUCUGGCUAGCCCUGUGUGCUCAUUGUCUCAGUUGUUGGCAGCUGUAAAUCUUCAGUAAGAUGGUAGCAUGCACAUGUUUUUUUUUUUAUUUUUAUUUUUUCCUUCCGUGUCUGGUAGUGUCAUAUUAGAUAAAGUUUUGUUUUCAAAAAAAUAAGUUGUGGAAAUAGAGGUACAGAAAAGAGGAUGGUGUAAGCUAUCAACACAGCCGUUGGAGUGAGGCGGGAAAUAAAAUGUUACAAUACAGAGAUGCAGUAUGCAAACCAAUAAAAUAAGGCUUAUUAAAUUAGCAAGCAUUUGACUUAGCCAAGAGUGUAUAACUUAUACCUAUUAUAAUGAUUAAGCAAGCAGGAAGUGCAGUGACCUUAGCAUGAGUGAGACAGGAAUACUUAGAAUAAUAGACUACAGCCACUACGAUUCUCCCUCAGAGCUCAACAAUAAGGUUAGCAAGCCCCACUGUAUUAGAAAUGGGAGAUUCUCCAGCUACCGGACAGGAGCACCCACAUCUCAUAAAGUGGUCCCGUGGGCAAAAUCAAAGGCUACAUCAUAAUGUUAGCAGGUGUCCAGAUGUUUUACAGUCCGAUCUAGAGGUGACAAACCUCAGUGGUGCCUGCGUUGCAAAUAUCCAGUGACCUAUCCUCGCAUGCUAAUCUAUCCGUAAUGUCUGUGCAUAAACUCCAUCCUGUUGGUGAGGAGGCACCGAAAAGUAGAAAAUUCCAAAAAUGACAUAAAAUAAUAAAAACAAAUGUGCCCAAGAGUCUCAUGUCUCAAGAAUUCGAAUCAUGCCAACUAUAUGUGCAACAUUUACUUAUUUAGAUAAAUCUCCAUGUAAACAAAUAUACUAGUAAGAGGACUGCGUACUGUAAGAAAUCAAAUUAGCAUUAAAGACAUCUAAACAAUUUAUCAAUAUAUGAACGAUAAAUGCAACACUUCCUGUAGAGUUAAAUUACUUUAGAAGCAUAUCUACUAGUCAACAUUCAGCAUAUUCGAAAAGCAAACAUGAAAGACUCGUUAGUGACAUCAAAAUAGCAGUAUCAACUUAAACACAGGCAUUGAGUGAAUCCUGAAAGUAUUCAGUUGAGGAGCUUACUUUUCAGUUUAGCCUAUCCCCUGUCUGAUAGUACACUGAUUAAUGCAGUAGGCUGAUCUUUGCAAUCUCCGAGGCAUCUGUCCUACUGCUAUUGGUUUGGCUGCAUUGUGGGUCCCCAAAGUGUAACUAUUGUCCUAUGGUAGAUAUUGCAUAACUAAAUUUGACUGGCUAUCCUGCAAGCAUAGUAGUGCUGAUUUCCCAAAUGCCAAAAAGCCUUGUUUGAAGUAUAGUAGCUGUUUGUUUAUCCUGCCCAAUAGUAGUCUCCUUUACUGGUCACGUAUGAGAAUAUGUCUCCUUCGAUUUGGAAGGAAGAUGACUGUGGUGUGCUUCAGCUGAUAAGCUGUACCAAAUGUCACUGGGUUUGCCUUUGUGCACCCUGGAUGUUGAAGCUGGCAUGUAGGGGCAGCAGGGAAAAUGUCUGGUUUAUUGAAAAAUCCCUUUAGUAUCUAGAUCAAUGCGAUAAAUUGGGCAUGAUAUUUCAGUAUCAACCUUCUACAAUAUAUUGGUAGGUAGUGGUAUUGUAGGCCAAAAUACAGGCUCAUGCAUGAUAAUGAGAAGCCUUGAAUCUGGAGGGGAGAUGAUCCUCACUGGUCAGGGACUAAAUGUGUUCCACUAUGCUCAGGGACAAACUUGUUACUGGGGAGUAGCCUCCUCCCCAACAAGAAAGGCCAUAUUAGGUCAUGCAAUAUGUGUGCUCAAUUUGGCAUCUCAAAAAUAGCACUCUAUAAAACUUUUAGACCUUAAUAUUGCACAGAUAAAGAGGAUAGAUUUUUUAGCAGAUGAGAGGUUCUUUAAACCAAGGGUGCCUUAAAAAUGGCUUCUCCUUUCACCACCACCCCACUCCCUAUAGCAAAGGUAAACCGGGAGAUAUACUGAAAAGGUGUAUUACAUAUCCAGUAUUCAUUACAAAUGUACACAAGACUAUAUUGUACAUAGUCUUUUAUUUUUAGCAAUAAUAAAGGAUUGUGUGUGUGACUGAGGCAAGUUCAAAAAGCUAUAUUGCCUGGGCACAACUGAUGAGGUGUUUGCAAAUAUUCAUAGGCAUUGUUGGUUUGCAUUGCAUGCCAGACUCUGUCAGGAGCCUAGUCAGCCAGGACUGAAGAGGGCUGACAUGCUCCUUUUACAGGCGGGUCCACUAUAUAUAGCCCUCCUGGCCUGCCCACAUGCGUCCAUACAUCCUAUUGUUGAGAGAUUUGAACUAGAAUGUGACAUUCCUGAUUGAUGGAACCUCUCUUCCUGGUUUGGAGGAGCUUGCAAUACUUUUCAUCAUCCAGUUUACUGCAGGUUGAGUGAACUAUGAAUAGGGAUCGACCGAUAUUAUUUUUUUAGAGCCGAUACCGAUAAUCUGUGAAUGUUCAGGCCGAUACCCGAUAACGAUAUUCUGUACAUUUACCAUUUAAAAAAAACAAAAAAAAAACUAUUUCUACACAAAUCUACUGUUAAUUGAACAUGUUUAUUAUUUAUUUUUUGCAAAUCUUUUUUUUGUAAAUUAAAGUAAAUGCACAAAAUAUACAUGCCAGUCAGAAUUUUUUGUUUUCAAGAAUAUGUGUUUGUAGUGGAUGCAGUGUGUGCAGUGUGUGUUUUAUUUAUAUAUUUUACAUUUUGUUUUAGUCCCCCCUCCCUGCUUGUUACCUGGCAUAGGGGGGAGAGGGUAGUGGGAAUGGCAUUCCCUGGGGGGUCCAGCACACUCUUACUUACCUUCCCAGCAGCUCCCUUCAGCUCAAGGCAUGAACUUUACACAAAAACGUCACUAAGCUCAAUUGUUUUGGUGACUUUAGUGUCAUUUUAAGCGCACUUUCAUUUGUACCUUAACCCAUCUCCACCGCACCAAAUGAACUAUACUAUAUUUCUCUCACACAUACUGUUCCUGCAGGCAUAUGGGUGUACACCCAGAAACUGCACACUUGCAGCUGUUGGGGGUGAGGACAGGAUAAUGGAUGAUAGUUCCCGUUGUCUGAUAUAGCAUAGGUUGUCUAUGCUCCGGUUGGAAAGACUUCGUUGGGGCUUCCUUUGCUCUCAUGCAGCAUCCAUUUAGAGUGUGUGUAUUCUUCCCAAUGCUGAGUAUUGAUGCUGCAUGGGAAUGAAAGUGAAAUCCAUGAAGCUGUCUUGUCUAAAAAAGCCUUACUGAAAUCCCAUUUUUUUAAAGCAAAUUGGCUGGAAAAGGGAAAGAGAUUCUGUGUUGUGGGUCCACUUUCUAUUUCCCUAUGGCAACCUGACCUCGUCGAUUUAUCUAGCUUUGAGCUAGUUCUCUACAUCAGUGUUCCGCAACUCAGUCCUCAUGGACCACCAACAGUCUGGGUAUUGUCGGUGUCUCCAUUGGAAUAAAACAGGGGAAUACAUAGAUCCUGGAUUGUUGGUGGUCCCUUGGACUGGGUUGGGGAACACUACGUCUACAUGGAGUGAGACAUCACCUAAAACAGCUAGGGUGCCUUUAAGAGACAUUUAGAAAUUGCAGUUUGGCAUCAGCAAUGGAAAAUUAUUGGAAGAAAUAUCUAAUUUAACCAGAUUUUCACUACAUGUUUUUGCUUUAAAAAAAAUAAAUAAUUAUAAUUCCAAGAAACUGCUAAAAUGAGACCGAAAACUUGAAAGGAAACCUAAAAGCUGCUGCUCAGGAUCAGGUGGGAGUCCAAGUUUUGUUCAAGUCGACUGGCCGAAGAGAUCACUUUACACGAAAGAAAAGAACAUAAUAAACAGUGGCAGCAGGGCUCAUUUUAAUAAGUCCAGCUUUGAAUUAAUUGGUAUUUUGCGGACUUUCUGCAGUUUUCUAGGAAUCGUGGUAUUUGUUUGUUUGAAGCUUUUUGUAAAGCUUUGCCACGGGGAAGUAUCUUGAUUGAAUAAUAAAUACAGUAAAUCGCCUUGUACACGUUACAAACGCAUUGAAACACAAAUUCUGACAAUAGGGAAAAUUAUAAUGGAAGCUAUCGAUUUCUAACAAGAUCAAGACAUGCAUAGUGAGCAAAAUAGAUGGCGUUAGAUGACCGGUAAGGAGAGACUACGGUGGUGGGGCUGACAAUAUAGCUGUUAGUAGUAUAUGCAGUAUGUAAAGGGCAUCUGACAAAAUAGGAGACCGUAGAUAGGAGCCAGAGGUGAGAUUUAAGGUACGGGGACAUAUCGAACGAUUAUGAUUGGUGUGUUUAAAGACUGGGCGAUGGACGUGUCUAUUAAUACACGUUUUGAAAGAUAGGCCGACUAAAUGGAAUGGGACUUGUUACUAAUUUACACUGCGCAAAAUAACUACGAGAGCACUGGUAAUGGGUGUGUGUAAUUAGUUAUAAGCAAAUUUAGGUACAAAACUAAAGCCAAGUUGUGUUUGUUGCUACUGUUGCCAGUGCAGUUUUUAAAAUGUAUUUGAUAUCAGCCAUUUUAGAUGUCCAUUCUUGACAUGUUGUUCACCUCCUUGCAGGGAAAAGGCUAAUGUUCAGUUCUGUAAAGGGAUUGAAUUGUGUAUGUAUGAAGUCUAGUCAGUAGACCGAGAACCAAUACUUUAAAUUAAAUGCCAAACAGCACAGUCUAGGCCAUAAUUUAACCUGUUGGAGAAUUCUUCCAAGUGGUCUAUUUUGACCUAGAUUUUGCUACGAUUUUUUCACUUCUCAACAAUUCCAUGUUUGGUGAAUAAAGCCUCACAUAUAUCACAGAAUGACUGAAUGGCAAUUGAAAUAUCCACUUAAAAACAAUGCUUUAGUUGAUUCCAAAAAAUGUAAAUCUCAGCAAGUCAGCAUUUCCUUUUGGGACAUCCUUAGUUUAACAGACCUGAAGUGCUUUUGUCUUAUAACUGACCCUUUUUAUGUUUUUAUUUUCCAUAGUAGUUACAUAUGACUGGAACAUUGCUAAAACAGUACAAAAGGCAGGAGAAAUACUCUGGGAUCUACUGACUCCAGUGACUUCAGUAGUGGAACAUUUAAAGGUGCCCCUAUUGAGAAGCAAAAUCAUGGAUACCAGCAGUAUUUUGAUUUUCAUACUGUAAAUUCAUGGUUGUUUUUUUCUGGCCUUGAAUGUUUGGGCAGCUCACAAUUUACUUUUAAAAAAAACAUUUUUAUUUAUUUUUUAUUAAUGGCAUUUAACUGUUGUAAAUGGUGAAACAACGUAGCAUCUGGAUCGUAGCAAGAACAUGUACAUAUGCAUGGCUAAGAGUUUGAGCACAAAUUUCAAUUCUUUGAAAAUAAAGAAUAUACUGCAUAGAUUAGCAGGCUAAAUAGAUUUGAAAAAUGAGAAACGAAACUACAAUUGGAAACACAGGUUUAAAAUGUGGGACAAGAGAGAACAUCGUUGUCAAUACUUUGACCCCAUUUGCACAGGUAAGUAAACAAGAUGGUCAAUACUGCAGGCCAACUAAGUGGUAAUACCCAGUGGUAACCGUGCAGCAUCAUUCAUAACGAUAAGAAGCCUUAAAUAGUGGGACAUUGGAGCUUGAUGCAGUUAAUUGAACUAGGUUUAGUACUGCGAUUAGUGUGCUUCACAUGCCCUAGGAAGUUGUGGAAUAGUAAUGGGUUUAUAGGGUGGCAUGGGGCUACGUAUUAGGGGUUGGCCGAUAUUGAUUUUUUUUUUAGAGCUGAUACUGAUAAUCUGUGAACUUUCGGGCCGAGAGCCGAUAACUUUCUGAUACAGAUAUUCAGUACAUUUACCAUUUUGACAAAGUAAACUAUUUCUUGCCAAAUCUACUGUUAACUGAACAUGUUUAUUAUUUAUUUUUUGCAAAUUGUUUUUUUUUUUUUUUUUAAGGUCAAUGCACAAACUAUACAUGCCAGUCAUCAUUUUUUAUGUUUUCAAGAAUGUGUGUGUGUAGUGGAUGCAGUGUGUAUUUGUGUGUGUAGUGGAUGCAGUGUGGAUGCAGUGUGUAUUUGUGUGUAUAGUGGAUGCAGUGUGUAUUUGUGUGUAUAGUGGAUGCAGUGUGUAUUUGUGUGUAUAGUGGAUGCAGUGUGUAUUUGUGUGUAUAGUGGAUGCAGUGUGUAUUUGUGUAGUGUGUGUAUAGUGGAUGCAGUGUGUGUUUGUGCAGUGUGUGUUUGUGCAGUGUGCAUAUAGUGGAUGCCGUGUGUGUAUAGUGGAUGCAGUGGAUGCCGUGUGUGUGUGUAUAGUGGAUGCAGUGGAUGCCGUGUGUGUGUGUAUAGUGGAUGCCAUGUGUGUGUGUGUGUGUGUGUAUAGUGGAUGCAGUGUUUGUGUGUGUAUAAAUAAAUAAAUUUGAAUACCGCACUCUAUGAUUAGAGUGCGGUAUUCAAAUUUAUUUAUUUAUGAUUGUGAUUAGGAGGUUGUUUUGGGGUUAACCUCGAAUACUUGCACCUAGACAUAAUUGAGUGCCAGCACACAUUGUAUUUUUUGUUUGUGUGUGUAAAGUUUGUGUGUGUAUAGUGUAUGCGGUGUGUGUGUUUGUGUGUGUAUAGUGUAUGCGGUGUGUGUAUAGUGCACUCCGUGGGUGUAAGGAGGAACAGUUAAAGCAGGGCUUGACAAAUCCCAGGCGCCAGGUCGCCAUAGCGACUAAAAUAUUUGGGAUUUGUCAACUCUUUAUCUAAACAAGCAAAUAAUGGAGCCGGCCAUCCACCCGCGGGAGCAUGGAGGCCAGCUAAGUGAGCGUUGCAGCCAGCCGCCGUGGGCAUCAUGGAGGCGGCCGGCUGAGUGGAGCAUCCAGGGGGUCGGCUGGGGCAGCAUGGAGCAGUGAUCUUCCAGCGGCUCCUCUCUGCUCCCUCGCACUGUUUAAUGAUGCCGGGAGCCGGAAUAUGAUGUCAUUCCGGCCCUGGCAUCAUAGGGAGCAGAGAGGAGCUGCGUGGUAGAUUACUGCUCUCUCUCACACAGGAAGAGAGAGCAGCCCCACUAGACCCCAGGGAAAGUCCACUCAACACUCCCAAAAGGUAGGGAGGCUGGGUGGAAUAAUAAUUUUUUUUUUUAAUGUAAAUUUGUAUUUGAGAGAGUGUAUGUAUGUGUGUGUGUGUGCGCCUGGCUGCCUAUGCCUCUCAGUGUGUGUGUGUGUGUGUGUGUGUGUGUGUGCAUGCCUGCCUGCCUGCCUAUGCCUCUGUGUGUGUGUGUGUGUGCGUGCCUUCCUGCCUAUGCCUCUGUCAGUGUGUGCGUGUAUGUCUGUUUAGGUACCUGCGAUCACGAUUGGUGUUUUUACUCACCCCUUUUCCCCCCACGAUGUCCAGGUUUUGCUGUGGCUUGUCCCGCCUCCAUUGCAGAGUUCAUCGAUCUUUUUGAUCUCAGCUAAGACAAUGCUUUCCCAUAGGAAAGCAUUGGGAGGAUAUAGCGCAUGUUCUGUAUGGAUAACAUUCAGUGCGUCCAUGCAGAGCACUGACACAGUACUCUCUAGUGGCCGUCUGAGUGAAAAUGCAGCAUUUACAUUGAAAACACUACAGGGACAGGCUUAUAGGCACCAGAACCACUACAUUAAGCUGUAGUGGUUCUGGUGACUAUAGUGCCCCUUAAAAAAAAAAAAACCUGGCUCCGAACUUUUUUAGCUGGCUCAUAGAUUCCAAACAAAUUUGUCAAGCCCUGACUUAAAAUACUAUAAGUUACGAAGCUAAAUGAUAUAACUUGUGCAACAUGCAAAACAUGGGUAUUGUGUAUAGCAGGAUCUGCAAGUCAUGGCACUGAUGUUGCUGAGACUUCUCCUUGCCUGGUCCCGGCAUAAACUGUGUGAUCCUAUCAGGGUCCCAGGCGUUGGAUGCUGUUGCAGGCGCCAUGAUAGACUGCCUGGUGACGUUAUUAGUUAGGCCCAGUUGUUGCAGGAUGUCAGCGCACUCUGAGGCAUCACAGACACGUAGCGUUCCCGUAGCCCUGGAAAUGAGCAGUCAUUGCGGAGUGCUCCAUUUAUAUGGCACCUUGUGGUUAGUGAGUUCCUGGGUCAGUGGUCUCAUGGACCGUCGCCCGUCCAAGGUGGCUUUCAAUAGAUCUACGAAAAAAGUAAGGCUGUGUUCCUUAAACGUGAGAGGAGGUCUGUUGCGAACUGCUGCCAUGAAGGUUGCGUGGUCUUGGCUCAGUUGGAACCGCAGUAUUUCAUCUUUUUCAUUUUUAACGUAUUUAUAUAUUUAUUUUAGAAUAUUGUGUGAGACUAUAUAUUAAUAUUAAAAUACACUUAGACACUGUGUGUGUGUCUAUAUAUUAAUGAUCUAAGUAUUUAUUUUAUUUUACACUGUUUUAAAACUUUAUUAAACUUUUCUGCAGGCAGCAAGGGGACUACCUGUCAUUCCAGGCACUCCCCCUUCUGGCACUGCUAUGGACGGCUAUUCCGUCCAUGUGAUUGUAAGGUCCUCACAAGGACCUCGCGAUCACAUGGCCCAGGGGGACUCCCUGGGAUGUCAGGUAAGUCUCUUCCCCCCCCAUGCGAUCGCAGGCAAGUGGGAAGGACAGCGUGGACAUGCUAUGCCGCCUGCCGGCAUUUAGAGCCGGGUCCCCAAGGAUGGCAUAGCACGCCUGCCAUCCUUAAGGAGUUAAUACCUGGUUGGGGGUUUAGGAUGGUGGGAGUAAUAUCUGCUAAAUGAUAUUGUAAGCAGUGGAAUGUCUAAUUCAGUGUUUCCCAAAACCAGUCCUCAAGCCCCACAAACAGUCCAGGUUUUGUCAGAAUCUCCAUUGGAAUUAAGAGAAAUACACAAAUCCUGGACUGUGUGUGUGUAUGUGUAUAUAUAUAUAUAUAUAUAUAUAUAUAUUGUGUGUGUGUAAAGAUACUGUCUAAAUGCUUGAGACAGCCGCAAAGGGAAAAUGUUCCGCUUGGUCAAUCUCACGACAACAUGAAAUCCUUCAUGGGAUAUUUAUUUUUCCUACUGUAAAGGUUUUAAAGUUUUACUUUUAAAUAAUUUAUUUAAAGUACAUAAGGUGUGAGGUGAACACACUUUUCAUUAUCAGCAGAAAUGGCCGUGGAACUUUUAGCAGUAAAACACAGUUACAUUUGUAGAGAUGGGCUUUAUGUUUACAACGUUUUUUUGUUUUUUUUUUAUUGGCAUAAACCUCAUAAUUGCUGCUUGUUCGGAUAAAGGGAAUUCUAAGCACUAGAACCAAUACAGCCCAUUGUAGUGGUUACUAUUAUUAUUUUAUUUCUAUAGCGCCAUCAGAUUCCGUAGCGUUAUGCCAGGGGCCCCUCGCUCUGUCACACUGUUAAAAUGGAAACUGUUUAAGAACAGUUUUACCAUGUGCCUGUCCCAGGUCUGACCUAUCUACACAAUGUAUAACUAAAGCAGAAUGUUCCCUUCCGCAAUAGAUAUAUCAGUUUUAUCUCUUUUGGGACGUAAUUCAUUGGUUGGGAGCAUCAGCUUGUUAACUCUUUCCAAACACAAACAAAAAUGGGUCAGUUAAAUUGUCUGGUUUAACGAUUGUGAAGUGAGGCUGGACUGGUGACUCAGGGAAGUGUCAAACUGUUCAGAAGCUGACUCUUAACCAUGGAUGAAGCCGGAGGACACCUGGCACUAUAACCAAUAGACAGCCUUUAGUGUCCAUGAUGCUUACAGGAUUAUUUACUAAAGGGAAUAUCAAAGUUAAGACCAGAGUAGUCAACCUGAACACAAAGCUUACUUAGAGAAUUUUGGCAGUUCAGCUAUUUUGACCUUAAACGGACACUCUUGUCACCAAAACAACUUUAGCCUUAAUGAAUCAGUUUUGGUGUAUAGAUCAUGCCUCUGCUGUCUCACUGCUUAACUCUCUGCCAUUUAGGAGUUAAAUCACUUUGUUUAUACAGCUCUAGCACACCUCCCUGCAUGUGACUUGCACAGCCUUCCUAAACACUGCUAAAAAAUAGAGAUCUAAUGUUUAAAUAUCCUAUGUUGCACAUUGUUUAAUUUAGAAUGUAUCUCCUGCUCUGUUAAUAGUCUUGUAGAACUUGCAGGAACCUCCUGUGCGUGUUUAAAGUUCAAUUUACAGAGCAUGACAUAAAAACUUAUAAAGCAAGUUAACAUCUGAUUAAAAACCGAAUCCAUUUUUUCCCAUGCAAGCUGUGUCACAGCCAGGGGAGGUGUGGCUAGGAUUGUAUAAACAGAAAUAAAUUAACUUCUAAAUGGCAGAAAAUUGAGCAGUGAGACUACACGGGCAUGAUCUAUUCACAAAAACUGCUUCAUUAAGCUAAAAUGGUUUUGGUGGCUAUAGUGUCCCUUUAGGAUACUCCAGGUACUAUUUUGCAGGCACUACCUCACAUAAGUGUGUUUAAAGGUGUAUAAGGACCAGUUUAUUAAAAAGCUAAUUUAACCUUUGUGAAACACUAAAAUGGAAGAUAGUACAGAAAAUAUACUGAGUAAUAUUGUAGCAGUAAAGACCAUAAUGUAACACAAAUGACCUAAAUCAACAUGUGAUUUAAAUAAAUGAAUUCUAAAAGGGAACAAAUGAAAGUAAAUAUAAGCUAAAUUUCAGAUUUAUCUAAUUGGCUUGUUACGUUACGAUCAUUUGUAUUCUAGGCAAUGUCAAUUUAAUAAGCACAUACAAUACAUUUUAGCAGUUGGGUCUUUUAUGUCUUUUUUGCAUGUGUUUUCUAAUGGUAAGCAUCUGAAAGACAGGAUAUACCAAUUCCUGCAUUGUGUGUAUUAUUCAUUAGUUGAAAGUAACUCAUCUCUUCAAAAAGGAUAUUAAGAGCAGUUUUGCGUUUCCACCCUGGAGUAGAGUUACUUAUCUUAGUCCAUGUUGCUUCCAGCUGUACAACAGUUACUUGUACACUAUUCAAAACUGCUUUGGUGAGGGUGUAAUUUCACAUGACACACUUGAGCACAUACAAUUCAAGACUUCCAUUAAGGCAUAACUAAAUAUUGUAUUACACAAACUGAGAACCACAAGGCUUCUUCAUAUUCUCUUUUGCAAACCAAGGCAUCUGAAGUAUACUUCAAGCUAAUGAUACUGAUGCUAAAUAAGAGUCACUCCAUCCGAAGUUUGAUACACAGAGUUUCAAACAUUCUGUUUCAUUAUACAUACAGUAAUAUAGAUUAAACCUAUAUUGCGGUUAUGGCCCUGUCUGUUGUGAAGGAUUGGAAAAAUCUUAAUACGUACACAUUUGUAAGAAACUUCCUUACAUUUGCUUACUUUUAUUCACUGAAGUGAUGAAAGGUACAUUUUAUUAUCAUAGAGUUAAAUUGUAAUUCGUAAGGCACUUGCUAUGUGACGUUUGAAAGCUGGGAUACACUGGACACUUUAAUUGGCUGAUGUCUCUAUCGAGGUAGAGUAUAUUAUGAAGUUUAAAUGUAGUCACCUCAAAAAUUAGCUGAUUCAUUAUGAUUACUUCCACCUUGAUCUUCUGACAUAUUUUUGAAUAUUAGUUAAUCUCCACCGUUUGCUGAUGUUUCAUUAUUGAGAGAUACUUGGCUUAUUCAAAAUGUAAAAAAUGUAUUUAGUUCAUAAAUGGAUGUAAGAUGGUAGUCUUCAUAUAGUUUAGACAUGAAUCACUGAAAGAGAAAUUUAGCAGAGUAGAAAGAAGUUCACUAGUAAUUUGAGUCCAUUCCUCCAUGGUGCCUGAAAAGUCAGACUUUUUAAUAUUUUUUAUCAUAAUAGAUGUACAUACGCCAGACAAAAUUUUUCUUUCUUUUUUUUUUUUUUCUCAUCCUCUUUUUUUCCAACUCUUGUACUUGCCUGAAACAUGAAGUUGUGGAGUUGAAGGCCUCUUCCGUAGCACAGGCUUGGCUAUAAUGUCUAGGGAAUUAUCUCACUGACUUUUAGAAAAGGUUUCUAUCCUUUGCUCCACAUCUCUACCCAUUUCAACCUUCCCGUCUUUCCUACCCUCCUUGAUCAGCAUGAACGCUGACCAAAGUCCACCCCUUUCCCUGAAGAAGCCUGUUAUUCCUACUCGCCACCUCCCAUCCUACACCUCGUGAUCGCUACCUAACCAACCGUGUUUCUUUUUUACAGCAUAAUACCCCGGGACUUGUUGUGGUGAUGGUAAACUUAGCUGUGGUAAUUUUAAAUUUUCUGUUCAGACUGACUACCUCUUGUCAUCAGUGCACCAAUGUUAGGCUUCCUUCUCUUUCUGUUCUGUCGUAGCGUCAUAUACUGCUUGGACCGUCCUUCCUCUAUCUCUCUCCAUGCACACGUUGUCUGAUCCUCGUCCAUUAAAUGGAACAUGUCAAUGGGGCAUUUUUGUUUGUGUUUUCAUACAGUGCAGCCUGCCCUUCCCCACCUAUCCUCCCUUCCCUCUUCCUUCAGUCUUUCAACAUUUAGUCAAAGCACUUUGAAAUAUAAGAAUGAUAAAUCAGCUGAAAAUUCUAACACCAUUCAAAUGUGAUUUAUUUAUUUUACUUUAUAUUUUGUUUGCGCUAAGCGAUUGACUACACUGGUUUUCUGUAUAUGGGUAAUAAGAUGCAGGAGUGGCUUGCAGUUAGUGGAAAAGGACAGAGUGUUUGUUUUGUUUUUUUAACAUAUUAAUUUACAAAUAUUAGACCGUAAAAUGGUGAAACAAUAAUAAAGGUCAAGCUAAUCUGUCGUCCUUUCCCAAAGACAGAGAAUACAAGGAUUGGUAUAUGGUAAUAUGUGAAAAAUGUUUGUGUUGCAAACAAAGCAUUAUCGUAAAGCCUGCCACAGCUCGUUCAAAUCAGUAUUGCAAAAUCAUAUUUUAAACAAAACUACUCAUUCAGUCCUUUUCCUCAUAACAUAGCCAUUGCUUAUUCAAUUAUGCCAUUGGGCUUUACAGAGUAAUUUUUAUUCAUUACACUACAUUUUAAAGUCUUAGAUUAAGUGUGUUCUUGGGUUUCUUGCAAAUGCAAGGGCAACAAAACUGUAACAAAUACCCUUUAACAGGCUUCUGAAAGGCCAUGGUAAGUUAUUUUAGAUUUUUGUUGUCCUUGGUUUGUUUUUGUGACCAUUUUAAAUCAUUUUAAAUCUUGAAGUAGACUUUGUGAUUAAGCCCCAGCACUAUUUUGUUCUACAGAUCUCAAAUCCUUUGUAAUCGGAUUCUUAAUUAAUUCUUGAUAUAUACAUUUUUUUUUCUUCUCCAUGAGCUAGCUAGAGCAUUCAAUCUAUUUAUCGUAUAUAGUCUGGUUUCCCAGCAGUUCUUCCUCGGGUCAUUGCAGUAUGAACAUGUGACGUCUAUUGUCUAAGCAAUCUGAUAGCAACAGGGCAACCCUCACAGAGGAAUCACUACUGACCGCAAAGAGAUAUUCAACAUACCUAGAAAUUGUUGUAGUAAACACGAGUAGUGAUUCCCAACCUUUUAGGACAAAGCCACACUUGAAUAUAAGAAAUGUGAAAGUCCAAAUUGUUUUUACCUUCAUCGGGUUCUUAAAAUCUUACUAGACAUAUGCUGCAUGUACACCCCAAGCAUAUAUACCUGUACUCUCCUUUACUUCAUUUUUUCUUUUAAUAAUUGCCAGAUAGCAAUAUAAUUUUUGUUAAUGGCAAAGCUAAUGCAAUUGUUUUUAUUUUCAUAAUUAUUUGUAAAGGCCUUGAACACCAUUGUUUUGUAUAAAUGGCAAUUCUGGUUCUCCCAAUAAAACAGUCACCAAGGAAACAAGCUAGUUGCUUUACUUUCAAACCAUGUGCCAGAAUUGUUCUAUCUAAAUACACAUAUAGUGCUAGGAAUUAUUUUUUUCAAUUUUUUUUAACGCAACACAAAACAUCACUUGAAAGUGUAUUUCCAGGCAUCAUAGCCACUACAGCCCUCUGUAGUGAUUGAUGCCAGGUGUACCCUGACUCAGUUUUCUGUUAAUGGGGUAAACCAUUUUGCAACCUUUUGUCCUAUUAUUUGGGUUCAUGCCAAGCACCAAAGGUCCUUCAGUGACUACAUCUGGUUUUUACAGAGAUGCCUAAGCUGGCAGUCAGUUCAUUGGAGAACUUGGCAUAGAAAUAUUCACAGAAUUGUCCUUAGCCAUCCUGGAACCAUUUAAAUCCUCUGCUGCCAGAGAUAUAAAAUUUACAGAGGGGUUAAACUCUGUAUGAGAAGCGUUUUAAUGUGAAACACUGCACUGACUAACUCUAGGCAAGAUUAGCACCUCAAAAUACUGGUCAUUGUGCUUGGAGUAACACUUUAAGGUUAUUUAACGGUGUAAACGCAGAAAGGAGAAUCCCCAGGGAUGAGAACUGUGUUGUUGAAAUAACCCAUAACAAGAACUGCUGGGCAAACUAAAGAUACCAUGAUAGCUUUUGUUUUGCACAUGCUCUGAAAUAGGACUGGGGCUUUGUUUUUCUGUAGAAGACUAAGCCCAAUGGUAUAAUUUCCAGGUGUGUACCACACACAUAGUUGGAGAAAAUACCACAUUUUAACCUACUGUUUUCGAAUGAAGGUGAGUAAUGGGUAAGUUUCCCUUCCUGUGUUCUACCCAGGCCAAAUGCCCAGUGGUCUGCCCCUUUCUAUGAGCUGAUGUAACAAAUGAUGGAGCCGCACUAGUCCAGAGAAUCAGCUGCUGUAGUGACAUGCUUGUUGCCUACUUCCUUAUCUUUUUUCUCCCUCUCCUUGCCUUUUCCCUCCUCCCAUCCCAUGCUUUUGGCUGGUUCUGAGUGGUUUCUGGAUACUCUUUGAUGCGUUCAAAAAAAUGUAUACAAGUAAAUUCAAAUCUGCUGCUAGAUUGAUUUAGUUGAGUCAAUUCUUUUUAUUUGCAUCUAGUCUUUUUCACAGCUUACUGACCAUACCAUGAUCUGAUCCAAUAAUCCUUGGCCUCUUAUUUUGUUUAAUGGAAAAUUAAAAUACAGAAAAAAUAGAUCCUACAGAUAAAUAUUACAUAUGUUAAUGCAGCAUUUCAAAGGCUAACUAAAACUGUCCUUGGUGUUUAAACACUUGUCGUGCUCUGCGCAUAGUGUUGCAAUGUUUGAGUUCUAAUAGGCCUCCUCCCCUUCUGUUUACUAUACUUUAUAAUUACUAUGCUUUUUAACCACUUUUUGCUCUACAUUGAGCUUUGAAAGGCACUGGUCCUCCAGCUUUUUUCUAUGGCACAGUUGAAGGAAGAUUUGACCAACAGCUGAUGGGCCACAACUUACGUAACCCUGUGUUUGAUCCCCUGUACACCUUAUUUUUUUAUAUACAUGUUGGAUUUGGUGUUUUCAUAGCAUUUUUAGUUUGCAAAUCACUGGCUCUUGUUAGUGCUAUUUCAUUUUGGAAUUCUAAUACAUUAUUUGGGUUUACUGUGAGAUUUUACAGUGGAAAAGACAAGUAGACAUUUCCUGUCUGUAAAUGAAAUAAAACAAAACAAAAACAAGGACUGUGGGUCUUAUAGCUGUUCUCUAAAUGGUAUAAGCUGUGAGAAUGACUCAUGUUUGGUCCACUGUAGCUUUCUGGUCUCUGCACUCCAAGGCAAGAUUUUCUAACCGCCCAAACCCACUAUGUUAACAUCCUACUGGCACCUAUUUUUACUAACUCACCAACAACACCAUCUGUUCGUCUUGCAGGUAGGACCGACCCAAUACCAAUCGUGGUCAAAUAUGACGUCAUGGGGAUGGGGCGCAUGGAGAUGGAGGUAGGUUCAAUAAUCUAUUGAUCUUCCGUAUUAGAACUGGUUUUUAUCCAUCAAAGAGAUUUAUAUUCUAAUUCCUGAACCAUCCAGACUAUUUGCCAGUCUUCUUGGGCAUCAAAAUAUUCGUAUUCAGUCCAGAAGUAGUAAAAUAAACAAAUGUAAUGUUGUGUUAGUUUUUAAUGAGACUUUUAUUCCGGCACCACUAAAGGCAACAUUUGACACUUUGUGGCCUUUAUUGAGCAAAGUUCAGCUUGGUAAGCACCUCGAAGGUCGAAAUGUUGGCGGCUGAACAAAUGGCUUGUUAAUGGCCUUUUGAUUUUGUGCUUAGGUGGAGAUUCCCUUCUGAUUAGCUUUCUGGGGGUAGUCAGAUGUCUUUAUUAGCCACUAAAUGCUAUAGUUACAAUAUUUGAUUACCAGCCCUAAAAUAGUGUUUACAGGUUUGGAACACCCAACAAUGUUGCAUUUUCAUGAGGUUAUUAUCUUUCACCUCAGCUUUUUUUUCUGGCUGGGCUGUCAAUUUGUUGGGUUUAAGUUGACACAGUCUUAAGAAUUUGUCAGUUGUGAAGAUCCAGGGGCCCUGUAACUCUAGAACACAGCAGCAUUUUUAUAAUUUAAAUCUGUGCUGAGUUGAAGGAGGAAUUUCAUUAAAAAAAUAAAAAUAACGGCACGGGGCCUGACCAUCGAGCGAGCAAGAUGUGGGCUGCGUAGGCUCCUCAGCUUUAACUAUAAUGGAAGCUAAUAUUACAGUAAUCUGGCUAUUUUAAGCAACCGUUUUAUAACCACGGGUAUAAAGAGAGACCCUUAAUUACUUGAUGUCUUGAUCACCUUGGCUGUGUCUUAUCAGCCUACUAGAGGUGGAGGAUGUGGCCGAUUCCACACUUCUACAACACAGCGUUAAAGCUGAGUGGUUGGCUGUCCUCUCAAUCAGACCCAUUGCCACAGGUGUAUGAAAUUAAGCACCUAGCCAUGCAGUCUGCAUUUACAAACGUGUGAAAAAUAAUGGGUGGUUCUGAAGAUCUCAGUGAAUUUAAGCGUGGUACUGUGAUAGGAAGCCACCUUAGCAAUCAGUAAGUUCACGAGUUCUCAUCCACUGUAAGUGGUAUUAUUGGAGAGUGAGAAAUGUGAAUCUUGCAAUAUUCAGAAUGAGGAUGGUUUUUUUGUUUUGUUUUUUUACGGAUAAAUCUGAUGGGUUCUUGUGACUGCAGGAUCGAUUCAAUGUUCUUAUUUCCUUAGCUUGACUAUGCAGAGGAUGCUACGGAGCGCCGGCGUGUUUUGGAAGUGGAGAAAGAAGACACAGAGGAGCUGAGACAGAAAUACAAGGUGAUUUUAAUUAUUUAAGCUUUUAUUAGGCCAGCAAAUAUAUCUAAAAUAGACAUUGCCCUUCAGCAUUAUGCUCAGUAACAAGUGCUAUAAUUUUAGAAUGCCAAAUAUUAAAUGUAAAUAAAGUAUAUUUUCUCUUCUAAUGUAAUCUAUGUGAAGCCAAUUUAGUAGUUUUGGAGCAAUAGACACAAUUAUGCCUUUCUAGUACUUGUACAUUCUAGUCCUUUAUCAAUGACAGGACGUUGAGCACAUUGUAGUCCAGUAAUGACCAGAUGUCUUUCUGUGCUUUGUCUUACAAAAUAACAAAACUAAAAACUUUGCACAUCUAAUGCAGGAAUUUGUGGACAAAGAGAAGGCUAUAGCCAAGGCAUUGGAAGAGCUACGAGCCAACUUUUACUGCGAGCUUUGUGAUAAGCAGUAUCAAAAACACCAAGAAUUCGACAACCACAUAAACUCGUAUGACCAUGCUCACAAACAGGUAAUAAGAUAUUCACAUGACUUUCUGAUUCUUGGAAAGCUGGAGAGUGUGAAGUGUACGGUUUAUGACUGUGUGCUGUUGUUUAAAGAUUUUGUUACAACUAACUCUCCAAUUGCUAACUUGCAAAGUCACACAACAUGUUGCUGUCCUAGUAGCCAUAGAGGGGGCAGAUACCUGAAAGAGGCGACAGAUUGAGACACCAUGACAUAACCAAAUACCCGUCCUGUCAUUGUUGUCUUCCUUCUAUUCCCACCCUCUUUCGUACGUAGGCUCGCAAAGUAUUAUUGGAGUUGUGAUUCCAAAACAACUUGAGGUGCUACACGGUAUCUACCCAUGUAUUAAAGGAUACUGGUUUGUUUAGCUCAAGAGGCAGCAAUUGCCCAGAGCACUUGCCUUGCAAAGACUUCUCAUUAAGCUGCAUUAGGAAGGCUGUGAUUGGACAGCCAUAGGAAGUUUGGGCGGGGUUAGGAAAGGUUAAGCUGCAUUAGGAAGGUUGUGAUUGGAGAGCCACAAAGUCUUGGCAGGGUUAGGAGAGGGCUUGCAAAGGUUGCAGACAAGAUCUGCAGGUUUUGCAAGCUGGUCUCAGAUAUACCCCAAUUACAAAAAUGCAUAAUUUAAUGCAUGCAGGUUUUCGCUGGGUGUAUGUCCACCUAAUAGUGAUUUUUAUUUUUGCAUUUGAGGACUAUAUCUUAAUGACAUAUUAUCAUGCCAUGGACCGGGGGGUUUCUAAACACAUUUGCUAUCACUGGCCAAGUUGAAAGGGCUAGCCAUUUUUUCAAAUUUGUUAUUUUUUUGACAAGUUGAAAAGGUCAAUCACAAAAUUAAUCUUACAAUGUAAUAGACAACAUAGCAAUUGAAGGGAAUGCACUGCCAUCUGCUGCUUUCAUGCUGAACUGCAAUCGGAAUUAGCGAUCUGGUUAUGUGAAACUCUGCAUGUCCCGUUUCCUCUUCUGAAACUUGGUCUCCUGGCUAUCAUGUUUUCUGACACCCAAUCCUACAGUGACUUUGUCAGUCCCUGGCAGACAUACACACCAUUAGGGUUUCAAGAGAUCCAUUGAUACCAUCAGACUUCCAGUCUCCUCAUAAUAACUACCAUGUCACUCACAAUCCAUUCUGUACUCCAUACAGAGAGAAUAUUGCCACGCGCCAUCCUGGAAUUCCAGGAUUAAAAUUAAACUGAAUGUUCGUAUCAAACCAAUACUCUAUCAAACUAAUCUAAUUUUACAAAUGCUUCUUAUUCCCCUUGACACUAUCCUGUCCAGUUGCAGUGGCAUAGAUUAUAGGUGUGUCUUAUGCUAGGUGAGCUCAGAAAAGCAGAGCCAUUUCAUCCGCCAUUAAAGUGUAAGCUCACCUGUCAAGUCAUGGCAAGCCUCUUUGGUGAGUCCUACACGAACAAGUAGCCAUGCUGCUUUCAGCUAAAAGACAACAUUUCUGAGACAGAAAGAUGUAUUCUUAUGAAACCCUAGACCAGGGAUAGGCAACCUUCAGCACUCCAGAUGUUAUAUAGUCCAAAACAUCUGGAGUGCCGAAGGUUGCCUAUACCUGCCCCAGACACUUAUUAACCCUUGAAGGACAACGGUCGCCUCAAAACUAUUUUUAAUAUAAUACUUUCAUCGUGUUUUGAAAGGCAUUUCUUUUUAAUGUAGUAUAUCUCAAACCUAAUUCCUACCUUUUUAAUAUGACCGUAUUCUUAAGCCAUAUCUAAGCACCUUGUGUUUGAAAACCAACUGUUAAUCUAUGGCCUACCCUACUUCUUUGUAGGGAGAGAAUAUCAUGGAUUCUGUCCUUUUUUCAAACACUAAAGAAAGCCCAGACACCCCCCAAAUGCAGUUUUUAUUGGGUUACAAGGUGUAAACUUUUACUUGCACGGGCUGAAUCUUAUUAAUGAUUAUUGAUGAGUGAAAAAUGUUAAGCUCUGUGUAUGUGUAUAAUUAAAUAUAAUAUGCUUUGCUUCUCCUUUGCAGAGGUUAAAAGACCUGAAGCAGAGAGAGUUUGCCCGUAAUGUCUCCUCUCGCUCCCGGAAGGAUGAACGGAAGCAGGAGAAAGCACUGAGGCGUCUUCUUGAACUGGCAGAACAGAGGAAGCAAGCAGAAAAGUAAGUAGGGGCCACUGCUAGGCUUAUGUUUACCCUUUAAAUUUAAAACCUAACUUUUAUACGUAUGACCGUUAUAAAAAGAAUGACAUUUGAUAUGGACAUAGUUAAAUUGUCGCAGAUAUGCUACAAAUUGGAUACAUUUCCUUAAUAUUAUUUGCAACAAUUUAAUACUGUAUUUUAAUUUUCUUUAUUUUAGUUGUGCAUAGAUAUUGCAAACAGGCGUGACAUGUCACAACCGCUAGGGCAAGCAUUUCAGUAGACGUAGAAAGACAGUUGUAUGGCAUUUGAUAAUACUGCAUAUUUUUAGGAAAUAAAAUAUUGUAGGACAGGAGAAACAGAUACUGUAUAUCUGGUUAAAAAAAAUGAACAAACUCCAGUUGUUUUUUUUUUUUAAAACUGGCAUUCAUAACUUUGGUUGGUAGGAAAAUCAAACAGCCUUAUUGUUUUGAUGCACCAUCUAUAAACAUCAUUAAAAUGGGACUUAUUUGCACUAUUGUCUACUGAUAUUAAUUGUCUUUUAGAGGAAAACAGAACAAUAAACAGAGAUCCUUUUGUAGGGCAAUGAACACCUAUGACAGUAAACUGUAAAUCACGCAACAAAUGACGUAGCGCAACACGUGUUAGGACAAAAAAGCUAAAACUAAUUAUUCAUAAAGUGCCAACAAAUUCCACAGCGCUGUACAACAGGGAGAUCUGAAAAAAACUGAAUACAGUGUGCACAAGUAUCUUUAAAGUAUCACAAUCGGGUCAGGAACACAAACCUGUAUUCCUGACCCUAUAGUGAAAACUGAACGGCAGGGCUGCUUACUGUGCAUCCUUGAGCUAGGAAGCACCUCCAGUGGCCACUUAGAGUUGUCCCUAGCAGCAAUGUAAACACUGCCUUUUCUCUGAAAGGGCAGUGUUUACAUGAAAAUGCAUGAAGGGAGCUAUUAUACUCGCCACAAUAACCACAUUAAGCUGUAGUUGUUCUGGUGACUAUAGUCUCCCUAUAGUGUUUAAUAAGCCACGCUUCCUAAAUGCAGCAAGGCACUAUUAUACAAUAACCUCCUACAAAGUAGCAAUCAGUUUUCAUUAGUAGGUUUAUAUUCAAAUUCACACUGCAACAAAGUAGCCUUAUACCAGGAGAUGGCUCUGCACCAAAGUCCUUGAUCAGUCAGGUUACAACGUUCAUUCUCAUUACUUGUGGAUAGGGUGGUAAUAAAAUUGGAGUAAUGCCAAAUGUUAAGACCGGUUUGCAUUGUAAUCCUUGAGGUUAGGAGUUUUCAGCUCAGAGAUAUGUAGAGGGAUUGUCGUAUGGAGACUGAGAUUGAUUUGAUAUAGUGAAAAUAACCUUUAUCAAAGGAAAACCAAAAAUAACUAUAUAUGCAAAACAAGUGAGUUAAAGGGACACUCCAGGCACCCAGACCACUUCUGCCCAUUGGAGUGGUCUGGGUGCCAACUCCUAUCACCCUUAACCCUGCAAAUGUAAUUAUUGCAGUUUUUUUUAUAAACUGCAAUAAUUACCUUGCAGGGUUAAGUCCUCCUGUAGUGGCUGUCUAUCAGACAGCUACUAGACAGACUUCCGGGUUCUAAGAACACGAAAAGUGCUUUAAACGACUCUGGACGUCCUCAUGCUAUGCAUGAGGACCUCCAGCAUCGCCAGAACCCCCAUAGGAAAGCAUUGACUAAUGCUUUCUUAUGGAGAGGUCCAAUAUGCGCGCACGGCCAUUGCGCAAUAGGUCUCCCCCGACGGCUGAUGUCAGCAACAUGGGAUGGGGAGUGUGAGGGAGAGGGAACUACAGGGUCCUGCAGUGCCUCUGUUUUCCUGGCACUGGAGAGUCCCUUUAAGGCAUUGAUUAAAUAAGCUUUGAUGCAUCUGCCAACCAAUGUUGUUGAUCAGUUUCUUAUGCUCAGCCAAGCUAUCCGUGUGAACUAUCAUACAAUUCACAAAAGCCACAAAAUACUGUAAAAAAAAAAUUUAAAAAUUACAAUGCUCAGAAAGUCUGGAAUCUUAAGUUGUAUAUAUCACUGUUUGUUUAAAAGCAACACCUUAUUUGUUUUGCUACACUUUGUGCCUUUAUCAUUGGUCCCUGAGGGAGUUGCAAGGCUCCAUUUGCCUUAGUUGCAUGGAAAUAUUUAUUCUUGCAUAGUACAAGCGAUCUAAACCUCGGUGCACACCAGAUUGUAGAGCUGGCCUAUGGCAGUUUAUGCCGAGUGUUUUGAACGGUGUUUUUGCUUUAUUUUUUUUGCCACCUCAUUAUGUUUAACAAAACAUUCUCUUCUAACCUUGCAGCAGUGCUCCAGGCAGUGGACCGAUGUUCAAACCUACCACCGUUGCUGUGGACGAGGAAGGUUUUGAAGAUGAGGAUGCACCCAGUUGCUCAAUUCCUAUUCCCCAAGACAGUCCAAAGUCUGUACAGGAAGACAGGGUUCCUCAACCAUCUACUUCUGCAUCCACUCCUCCUUCUGCCCCAGCCAUUAGCUUUGGCUUUAAAAACUCAGUUAGCACAUCAUCAUCCCUCCAGAAGGUGGGGUUUUCAUUCUCCUUCGCUAAGAAAACUCCACUUAAGUUAGAAUCUUCAGCUGCCGUAUUCAAAGAUGUUGGUGAAGAGAUUGGGUCGGCAGAGGAGGAAAAGGAGGAAGAGAAAGCACCACCUGAUUUCAUAAAUGCUCUUAAGGCUGUGGAGGGAGAGUGCAGCACAGAAAGUGAAAGCAAAAUGGAGGAAGAGGAGAAUCCGGUAGAUGAUGGAGCUUCCCUUGUGAGCACUUUAUCCAAACUGAAGAAGAUGAAACGUGAGGAGAGGGGAGCACAAGCAGGGGAACCAGAGUAUUAUCACUAUAUGCCCCCUGCUCAUUGUAAAGUCAAGCCCAACUUCCAGUUCUUACUCUUUAUGAGGUCUACAGAGCAAACUCAAGCAGAGAAUGGGACACCAAAAGAAGAGAAAAAGGUACCUUCCACCACUAAGCCUAAAGCUGAGAAAGCGAAAACUGAGAACAAGGUGGGGAAGAAUACAGUUUGUGAGGGGAAAGUGGGAGGAUCCCAGGUGAAGGACAACAAUACUUUGCCAAAACCGGCUAAAGCUGAGAAAAAGGACACUGCUGGAGAAUCUGAGAAACCUCACACUUCAAGCGAGGAGCCAAAAAAAGAAUCCUCCACGCCUGAAAAAGAACAGUCUGAGAAGCCCAAACAUCAAACUGGACCAUUUUUCCCAGUUUUAAGUAAGGAUGAGAGUACAACCCUGCAGUGGCCAUCUGAGCUCUUAAUUUUUACGCAAGCAGAGCCUUCUGUUUCUUACAGCUGCAAUCCUUUAUAUUUUGACUUCAAACUUUCCAGAAAUAAAGAUGUGAAAGGCAAAGGCGUUGAAAAGCCUAAGGAUAACACAGGGCCAAACAAGGAAAGCCAGCUUUUUUCUGAACCAGCUAAACAGCUUGAUAGUACCAUAAAUAAAGAAGGCAGCACAGUAGUCCACACAUGUGGAUUGCAAACCAAAAAUCCCACUGUUGUCUCGGCAGACAGCAAGCCAGAGUCUCUUGAAGAAGAGAGCAAAGGAGAAACUGCUGGGAAGGCGCACAAGCACAAGAAAAAGAAAAAGCACAAGAAAAGUAAUAAGCGGAAACGGAAACACAAAGAUGGAGAAGAGGAAGUAGGUCAAAAAAAUAAGAAAAGAAAAAAGCAUAAGCACAAGAAGUCUAAAUGUGCUUCCAAAGGAUCGGUGAAAGUAGAGGACGUUGAGUCAGGAGUGCCUGCAGUGGUGGGAACACAUACCAGAGAAUCCGCACAUCGUAAGUCACUUAGUAAAGAAGAAACUGCUACUUGUGUUCCCCCCAGCUCCAAACAAGACACACCGGUUUCUUCCAAAGAGCCUGAGAACAAAAAGUCCAAAGCAGAACCCAAACCAGCACCAUCACACCCCUCUUCCACUGCUCCAUCCUCUUCCUCACACAGACACACAACUGCCAAGGCUAGGAGCCGGCAUAGCAGCGUGGACUAUGAUAGCGAGGAUGAUGCCUCCCCAAGCAGGAAGAAAUCCACAUCACGAUAUAGUGAUGACUAUGAUUCUACAACUGACCACUCGAGAAGCCGUUCAAGGUCAGGAAAGAGGCAGCGAUCCUACUCUUCAAGUUCUGGUGGCUCCUCUGAUCGAAGCCGUUACAGCCGCAACCGAAGUUAUUCAGACAGUGACUACAGUGAUUAUAGCAGUGGAUCAAGGCGGAGGUCAAAGCGCUCACCAGGCUCAGACUCGGACUCUGCAGCUUCCAAGAGACGUUCAACACGCCAUAAAUAUUCCUCUUCUGAAUACAGCCGAAGCAGGUCGCGGAGUAGAAGUCGCUCUAGGGGCAGCAGAAGUCGGGGCAGAGGGCGGUCGAGCAGCAGUAGUCGUAGUCGCAGCAAAAGACGAAGUCGCAGCCUGACUGGCCACAGCUGGAAACGUAGCAGGAGCUACAGUAGAGACCGGAGUACAAGUGCUCGUAGCCACUCUGGAAAAGGAUCACAUGGGAGAGAUAGUGUGGACAGCCGUAGAGGUGGUAGACGGGAUUUUAACCGUUCCAAAAUUUAUCGUUCACAGUCCCCUCACUACAGUCGCUCAGGGAGCCGGAGGGAGGAAAGCCGGGGAUCUGAGACAAGAGGAGGUAGCAGCUCAAUCCUCUCUCGCCGUAGCACUGAAAAAGAUGUAGGCAGAUCUUCCUUAACAGCCAGGCAGCUGUUAGAGAAAAUACAGUCAAGGAGGCUAGAAAAAGCUGGAGGAACUGGAGAUGAUUGCAGCCCUGUUACUAAAGUUGGUGGGAAAGUAAAAGACCCCCCUCAGGGAUACUUUGGCCCUAAACUCCCCCCUGUCCUUGGCACAAAACCACCUCAGUUGCCCAUGAUUGGUAAGCUUCCAGCUGGAAACAGAGUUGGAGGACCUCGUAAAACUGAAAAUGAUGCACCAGUUGUGGCAAGUUUACUGGAUGUGUUGCCCGAGCAGCAAGAGAAGGCAUUGCCUGAAGACACUGCUUUGAUACCAGAACCUCCUGUGUCUACUGCAGAGCAGCUAGCUCCCGAAGCACCAGUGUGUUUUGAACCUCUUCCCCCGGUUAUUGAAGACAGCCCUGGGCCACAGCCUCUGGGUAUACCCUUUCCUCCUCAUCAUGGGAGAUUGAUACCCCCACCAACUGAUGCAGAGUUCUUUCACCCUGCACCUUAUCCAGCUAUUGCAGUAGAUCCAGGUGCUGUGCGGCCAGAAGGGGAGGAUGAAGAAGAGGAAGAGGAAGAUGACGACGAUGGGUCCCUGGCUCCUUUAGAAAGUCAGCCCAUCACAUUCACCCCAGAGGAGAUGGAGAAGUAUAGCAAGUUGCAGCAAGCUGCACAGCAGCAUAUUCAGCAGCAACUGAUGGCCAAGCAAGUGAAGAGUUUUCCUGCAGGAGCUAUACCGCAAGCAAUGCAACCUGCCACACAAGCUCUGCAGCAAAUUCACAUCCAACAAGCACCACCCCCACAAACGGCCACUUCAAUCACUACUGUCCAGCAUGCAAUUCUGCAGCAUGCUGCAGCUGCAGCAGCUAUGGGUAUCCCACCUCACCACCAGGCCUUAGCACAGAUGCACCACAUCCACCAACCGCACUUGGCUCCCAUCUCCCUGUCUCACCUCACUCACUCCCUCAUCCCAGCUCACCCUGCAGCAUUCCUUGCUAGCCAUCCCAUACACAUCAUACCUGCUUCUGCUCUCCAUCAUGCAGGGCCCCUUACUCUCCACCAUGUACCACAUGCACUUUACCCUACUUUACUUGCUCCUCGACCAACCAGUGCUGCUGCCGCCACAGCUCUGCACCUGCAUCCCUUACUACAUCCUAUCUUCUCCGGCCAAGACCUGCAACACCCACCCAGCCAUGGCUCAUGAAAGGGACACAAAGACAGCUUGAAUUUCCUACUGGGUGUUGGCACUUAAACAGGACAGAUGCACAUUGAUAUGUGCAAAAAUGCGUCUGUUAAAAACCUCAGAAUGCAAAAAAAGUGUUAUUCAUGUCCUCUCCACAAGACUCAGUUUGAUGAAUGAGUAUGUGUCUAAAUCUCCAUCAUCACAGUUCUUUUCUCCUGAAGUUCUUGCGUUUGUGGGGUUUUGUUUUUCCAUUUUAUUUUGUCAGGUUUCAACUUGCGUUUUGAUAUUUUGUGUGGUUUUAUUUUAUUUUUUUAAAAAUUUGAAUGGAUUUUUUUUUUCCCUCUUUCUUCAGAACACUUUGACCUGGGUUGGUCUGAAAUCUGUUAGAUCAACCUGCUAAUUGACGUGCAAACAAACAUAACACCUUACGAUGGUAUCUGUGUAAGUCCAGCCCCAGCUCAGUAAAGUCUCACUGUUCCCCGAUGCCCACCCCCCCUCUCCCCUCCCCAUCUUAACCCCAUAACUUGAUGUCCGAGCAUAAAAUGUUAGUUAUGAAGGUGGAAAAAGACACACCUUAUUAAAAAUGUUUAAUAAGGUAUCUGCACUCUGUAUAAUAAUUUUUUCCUUGCUGUAGUUGUACAAUAUUAUACUUCUGAAGGGCAAAACUUUAUAGUUUUCUGCUAGUUUGCAAAAAAAGAAACAUCUUUCAGCUGCUGUGGCAUGUAUAUUUUAUCAAAUUCUUUUUUUUUUUUUUUGAUUGAAAAUUUCUAUGUAUGAUAAAUGUACAAAAGUAAUGAAACCCUUUGCGGAUUGCAAAAUAAAACAUGUAAUAUUGUAAGAGACUAAUAAAGAACAAAUGGUUUGUGUUAAAUGAUUUGUGUGUAAAUAACCCCCACCCCGCCCCCAGUAUGACAAUAAAGAGCAUACAGUAAUGUCUCUUUUUCUAGA